AUGACUAACUUUGGUAUGAUCUUUGGUAUUAAUCUUUUUACAGCAAAGAUGAAACAUCUUUGGCCGUUGCUGACAUGGAUACUUCUAUCUUCGUAUCCGGCCGAAUCUCGUAAAGGACUCGGCCAUGGAUCGAAGCGAGAAGUAUUCUUCCUGAAUCUCGAGGACGGCUACUUUGGCUGUCAAGUAAACGAGUCGACGGACGUCCUUCAGUUGCUCGAGCUUUCAAAGCUCUGUGACCAUCGCGUCGAUUGCUACCAAGGCGUGGACGAGCAGCGCAACAAGUUAAAGUGCACAGACGAUUGUACAAAAGAAGACGGCACUAAAUGUCAAAAUGGUGUCUGUCUGGAUUCGGUCUGUCACUGUAACGAUGGAUUCGGAGGAUGUAACUGUCAAGUUCCAGAUGAGAACGAGUGUAAAUAUCGACCCUGUGAUAUAUUUGCCCACUGUACAAAUACUCUUGGCAGUUUUCAAUGUUCCUGCUUUCCCGGAUACCAAGGCGAUGGCUUUCAUUGCGAGGAUAUCAACGAAUGUGACGAUCCAGCGAUUGCUAGGCGUUGCGUCGAGAAUGCCGAGUGUUGUAAUCUACCCUCGAACUUCUUAUGUCAGUGCAAAUCUGGCUACAUCGGCAAUGGUGAGGUGCAUUGCGAGGAUGUGAACGAAUGUACGAUACCAGGUGCAUGUGGCGACAAUACUGUGUGCCACAACAUACCUGGUAAUUACACCUGCACGUGUCAAGACGGAUUUACGGGAGACCCGUUCAACAGUGUGAGUACAUCGUGUAUCGAUAUUGACGAAUGCAAAUACGAGGGUGCUUGCGGAAGAGGUGCGCUAUGCGUGAAUGUACCAGGCGCGCAUAAGUGCGAAUGUCCCGACGGAUACGACGGAAGUCCUGAGGAAGAGUGCAGGGAUGUCGAUGAAUGCUUGAGGAGUCCUUGCGGACGUUCCGCUCUCUGUACGAACGUACAUGGUAGCUUCCGAUGUUCUUGUCCUGAUGGAAUGGAUGGUGAUCCGAUGACAGGCUGCCACGAUGUGAACGAGUGCGAGGAAAGUUCGCCCUGUGGUGCGGAGUCGGAAUGUGUAAACACCGAAGGUAGCUACGAAUGUAGAUGCCAUAUCGGCUACCGGAUGGAUUCCGCGCACGGUUGCGUCGACAUGAACGAGUGCAUCGGUGGAGACGCUUGUGCGGCCAACGCGAGGUGUAUCAAUGUCCCGGGCUCAUACAAAUGCAUUUGUCCCCCGGGUUUCGUCGGUCAGGGACUAACCCGCUGCGAAAACGUGAACGAAUGCGAGCGCAACCCCUGUGGCGAAAACGCUGAGUGCAUCGAUACGGUCGGUAGCUUUGCUUGCAGCUGCAAGACGGAUUACACCGGCGAUCCUUUUAAGGAGUGCAGUGACAUCAACGAAUGCACAGCUUUGGAAAAUCCUUGUGGGAAAAAUGCGAUUUGCAAGAACGAGGAGCCUGGUUAUAACUGCCUUUGUCCACCAGGAUACAGUGCUAGGUCCAGUCCGGCAGUCGCAUGCGAUCAGACCGACGUGACAACUCUUUGCAAAUCGAAUUUCGAUUGCGUCAACAAUGCCGAGUGCAUCGAGGGACAAUGUUUCUGCAAAGAUGGCUUCAAAGCCAUCGGUGCUGAAUGCGUGGAUUUAAACGAAUGCCUUACUAAUCCUUGUGGGCCUGCGUCGAUUUGCACGAACACUAGAGGAAGUUAUCAUUGUGAAUGCGAAUCUGGAUUUGUUGGCACACCGCCUCAUAUACCGUGCAAAGCACCGUGCGAUGAGGUAACUUGCGGUGAACAUGCCUUCUGUAAGGCCGACGGUCACGAAGCUUAUUGCAUAUGCGAAGAUGGUUGGACCUUCAAUCCAAAUGACAUAGCGGCUGGAUGUGUCGACAUAAACGAAUGCGAUGCGAUCAAUGGACCUUCUGGAAGAUGUGGCAGAAAUGCCAUUUGUACGAAUACACCUGGUGGUUUUAGUUGUCAAUGUAAACUCGGAUAUUCAGGAAAUGCCUUCAAGCAAUGUAUAGAUAUUGACGAAUGUACCAAAUCUAACGUUUGUGGUCAUGGAGCAACAUGCACCAAUAUUGAAGGUUCUUACUCUUGCACUUGUCCGGAAGAAACCAUACCAGAUCCUGAUCCUUAUAUUAAAUGCGUUGGCAUAGUGAGAUGUGAAAUUGACGAUGAUUGCCCAGGAAACGCUAUUUGUGAUCUACAAAAAAGAUGCUUGUGUCCUGAGCCAAACGUCGGGAAUGAUUGCAGACAUCCAUGUGAAGAUUUAUCUUGUGGACCCAAUGCGCAUUGCAUGCUCUUGAACGACGUGGCGACAUGUCUCUGCAGCAACGGAUACACAGGAAAGCCCGGAAUAAAGGAUGGUUGUCGAGAUAUCAACGAAUGUGCAAUAAAUCCGUGUCCUCCAGGGGCAAUCUGUAACAACGAGCCCGGUUCCUUCUCAUGUCAGUGUCCAAGCGGCAUGACGGGCGAUCCUUACAGUGGCGGUUGCCAGGAAUCUAAAACACCUCAUGUGUGUGGUCCCAGUGCGCCCUGCCCCGCUGGAGAACAAUGCAUUAAGGAUGAAUUCGUGGGUAGCAGUGUGUGCAUCUGCCAACGUGGUUACACGCGCGAUCACGAGACCGGUAAAUGCAGAGACAUUAAUGAAUGUAUGGAGCUCAGAGAAAAGCCUGCCUGUGGUGUCAACGCAAUUUGUAAGAAUCUCCCUGGUAGUUACGAGUGUCAAUGUCCACCUGGAUUCAAUGGAAAUCCCUUCUCACUUUGCGAAGAAUGCAACAGCAUUGAAUGUCAAUGUCAACCUCCGUACAAAAUUGUCAAUGGUAAAUGCAUGCUUGCCGGAUGUUCGAAGGGUGAAAAGUGUCCAAGUGGUGCUGAGUGUAUAACAAUUGCCGGUGGUGUCAGUUAUUGUGCCUGUCCUAAGGGAUACACGACCAAAUCCGAUGGCUCCUGUGAAGAUAUAAAUGAAUGCAUCGUGGGUCAUCAAGUCUGUGGCUACGGUGCCGAAUGUAUCAACCUACCAGGUUCUCAUCAAUGCAUAUGUCCGCACGGAUACGGUGGCGAUCCAUAUAAUGGGCUUUGUUCUCCAGCACAGAAGAGAUGUACCAAUGAUCACGAAUGUAAAGCUAAUGAGAAAUGUGUGCAGCCUGGGGAAUGUGUGUGCCCACCGCCGUUCUACACAGAUCCCUUAAAUGGAAAUCUUUGCAAAAAUCCUUGCGAUCGUUUCCCGUGUGGUAUUAAUGCAAAAUGCACACCUAGUGAUCCACCGCGAUGCAUGUGCGAGGCUGGUUUCGAAGGUGAUCCGCAACACGGAUGUAUUGAUGUAAACGAAUGCGCGAACAAUCCUUGUGGACACGGUGCAUAUUGCAUCAACACGAAAGGAGAUCAUACAUGCGAGUGUCCUAAAGGUAUGAUUGGCGAUCCUUACGGUGCUGGUUGUACUGGAGCUCCGACCGGCAAAAGCGAGUGUUCGUCAAAUGACGAUUGCGAAAACUAUUUAUCAUGUGUCCAAGGAAAUUGCGUCAAUCCCUGCGAUAACGUACCUUGUGGUCCUAAUGCAUACUGCGAGCCAGAUAAACACGCAGCAUGGUGCAGAUGCGUAAUUGGAUUCACGGAAGGCAAAAAUAACGAAUGCGUUUCACAAUGCGAUGGUUUUGUUUGCGGCACUGGGGCUCAAUGUAUCGUUAGUUACGACGGGCCGACGUGUAAGUGUAUCGAAGGUUUCAUGGGCAAUCCUUUCCCUGGUGGACAGUGUGUUCCGGAUGUUUGCUCUUCUGAAAUUCCGUGUGCCGAGCCAAGCGUAUGCAUCAGUGGACGUUGCAAACGGCGCUGCGAAGGAGUGAUUUGCGGCAUCGGAGCCAUGUGCGAUCCUUUAACGAAUAAAUGUGUGUGCAAUCCCUAUUUUGUCGGCAAUCCCGAUCUACUUUGUAUGCCACCCAUUCAACCACCACACUGCGAUCCAUUCUGUGGGAAAAAUGCACAUUGCGAAUAUGGUCUUCAGGAAUCAAAGUGUAUCUGCAAUCCAGGUACCAGUGGGAAUCCUUAUCACGGCUGUGGUGUUCAAGAAAAGUCCGAUUGUUCUACUGCGGUAUGCGGAAAAGACGCUCAUUGUAACGCGGGUUCUAACGCUGUCGAGUGUCUUUGCCCAUCUGGUUUCGCUGGCAAUCCGUACAUCCAAUGUUUUGAUAUCAAUGAAUGCAACGGAAAUGCAUGCGGAAGUAAUGCAGUGUGCAUCAAUACUCUUGGAAGUUAUGACUGUCGCUGCAAGGAUGGCUUUUUCGGCAAUCCGUUCGUUGGAUGUCAGCAAGUACAGGUGGGACCAUGCGCUGAUCCUUCUACUUGUAUUUGCAGUAACACUGCACCGUGUCCCUUCGAUUAUAUCUGUGUCAAUCAUAAGUGCAUAAAUCAGUGCAGCGACAUAAAAUGCGGUCCCAGAUCUGUUUGCCAGAAUGGAGUGUGCGUAUGUCCGCCUGGUUAUAGCGGCAAUCCCAAUGAUUUGCACAAAGGUUGCCACUUGCAUGGUCAUUGCUUAAACGACCUUGAAUGCGAGCCGCAGGAGAUCUGUUUCCAGGUUGGCAAAGGCGUCCGCAAGUGCGUAGAUGCAUGCAGCAAGCUGCAAUGCGGACCGAAUGCAUUAUGUAUCACGCAGAAUCAUGUGUCCUCUUGUUUAUGUAUUGAUGGUUACCAGGGUAAUCCGAGCAAUUUAAUCGAGGGUUGCCAACCGUCCAAGUCCGUGAUACCCGGAUGUGUACAUGACUCGGAUUGUCCGGCAGGUGCCUUCUGCAUUACUCUGGAUGGCGGCGUGCGCGACUGUGUAAAUCCUUGCAAUAAAGUGGUAUGCGGCGCCUAUCAAAAAUGCGAACCCGAUUUGAUCGUACCUGGUCACGCCACUUGCAAGUGUCAGGACGGCUAUGAGUGGAAUCCGAUACAGUCGUCCUGCGAGAAGCCAUCGGUACCCGAUUGUAUAACUGAUGAUGACUGUCACUCGAGCGAGGGUUGUAGACCGGAUGCGCUUGGCGUAUUAAAGUGUGUGUCGCUUUGCGAUGGUUUCACUUGUACCGCGAAUUCUCGUUGCGUAAUGGAGAAUCAUCACGGCCGUUGCGACUGUCUACCAGGCUACAUCGGCAAUCCGAAUGAUCGUCGGGGAUGUCACAGCUCGCGCGAAAACCGUUGUUCUACAGAUAGUGAGUGCGCGGAGGAUCAGACAUGUCGUAGCACUCCAGACGGCCCGCUCGCUUGCCAACUGGUCUGCGACUUUAUCACCUGCGGUCCCAAUGCGCUUUGUGUCGUCAAUAACCAUGUGGCGAACUGCGAAUGUCCGCCUGGACAGUAUGCCGGCGAUCCGAAUGACUCAACGUCUGGAUGUCGCGCGGUGCCCUGCGUCUACAACAUUGACUGUCCACCGGCGCAACUCUGCAACCGACUUACGCACACUUGUUACGACGCCUGCGACGAGAAUGCAUGCGGUGUAAACGCGGUCUGCAUAACAGAAGAUCAUAAAGCGAUCUGCCAAUGUCCACCUGGGCUUCGCCCGAACCCAGUACCCGAUGUCGAAUGCGUCGCCGUGGAGGCAUGUCAUCCGGAUUCUUGUCAUCCUACUGCGUUGUGUGUCGCUGGUCCAAUGAACAACCCAGUGUGUCAAUGCCCACCGAAUCAUGUCGGCGAUCCUUAUGUGAAUGGUUGCCAGCCGGAAGGACACUGCUCUAGUCCCAAGGAUUGUCCAGUGCAUUCCGUCUGUCAUGAGCAUCGUUGCAUUAAUCCGUGCGAGAAUGCGUGCGGUCCUAACGCAUUCUGCGAAAUCGUAAAUGAUCAACCGAGCUGCAAGUGUAUUCACAGGUUCGUGCCAUCCUCCAGUGGUCCAGAACACGGCUGCGUGCGGGGUACUAAUUACUGCACAGUUGACGCCCAAUGCGAAGACAGCUACUGUAUUGAUGGACAAUGCAGAGCUGUAUGUCGUUCAGUCGCUGAUUGUUCGGACGGAGAGAAAUGUAUUAACAACAAGUGUAUGGUGUCAUGCAUUGCGCAUUCUCAGUGCCUAGUAGAUCAUGCAUGUGUAAGUGGAGGAUGCAUCCUCGGCUGCCGCAGUAAUAAAAAUUGUCCGAUUACCGAAUCAUGUAUUAACAAUAAAUGUCAAGAUCCUUGCAGUAGAAAAGAUGUGUGUGGACCAAAUGCGAUCUGCAGUUGCACUAAUCACGCGAUCACAUGCACAUGUCCUCUCGGUUUCCAUGGUAAUCCUACUCCAGAACAAGGUUGCGUUCGAGUACCAAACGUAUGCCAAACUCCGCAAGAUUGUCCUAGCCAGCAUCUGUGUGUCUCGGGAUUAUGCCAGUGUCAAUGUUCGGAACAGAACAAUUGCGCGCAAGGCGAGCGCUGUAAGAAUGGCAUUUGCGUGAAGAUAUGUUACGGCGACAGUAAUUGUCUGCCCGGUGAAUUGUGUAUCGAUGGAGCGUGCGAGGCGGGCUGCACCUCGGAUGUUGGUUGUAAACGCGACGAAGUAUGCAUUAACAGCAAGUGCAGAUGCAGCCACGGAUUUAUUGCUGGUCCCGAACAUUGCCUGGAUAUCAACGAGUGUGAUGAUCAACCAUGUCAUCCAAGUGCUGAGUGCAUCAAUCUUCAUGGUUCUUAUCGUUGCACGUGUCCUUCAGGUACCGCGGGCGAUCCUAUAGGAUUGGGCUGUGUGCUGCCGCAUCACUGCACCACGCACAAGGACUGUUCUGAUUCUCAAGCCUGCGUUCAACACAACUGUUCAGAUCCGUGCUCUUUUGUCGACUGCGGUUUAAAUACUAUUUGUUCCGUUCUGGAUCAUGCUGCUGGUUGUCAAUGCCAGCCUGGUUACAUUGGCGAUGCCUCAGGGUGCUUUAAAGUAGAAUGUCUUUCUAACAGUGACUGUCCAACGGAUAAAUAUUGCAACCAAGAGAUCAAUAAAUGUAGCAGUCCUUGCAAUCAAGUAAACUGUGGAUAUGGUAAUUGCCUAGCUAUCGAUCACGUCAGCGUGUGUAAAUGCUAUUCUGGCUUUGUUCUUAUCGGUGACAUUUGCGCUGACGUUAACGAAUGUUUGCAAAAUCCUUGCCAUUCUUCAGCUAUAUGUCAGAAUGCGGAGGGAUCGUUCGCCUGUGUUUGUCCGCAUGGUUUAGUAGGAGAUCCAUUCAAAACGGGUUGUAAACAACCUGGUGAUUGUUUCACGGAUUCGGAUUGUCCAAAUUCAGCCGCUUGUAUUGAUAACAGAUGCACUAAUCCAUGCGAUGCACCGGGUAUUUGCGGUAGAAAUGCAGAAUGCCUCGCACGUGAUCAUGUUCCGAUUUGUAGAUGUCCUGGACAAACUACAGGAAAUCCGGCAACGGAAUGUAUUCAUCUGGAGUGCAACUAUCACAGUGACUGCAGUCCAUCAGAUGCAUGCUUCGAUCAUAAGUGCGUUGAUCCCUGCUCUCUUUUGAACGUUUGCGGACAUGGUGCUGAUUGUUCAUCGCUUAAUCAUAGCGCGGUAUGCACCUGUCAACCUGGCGGCACAGGUGAUCCGAAUCUUGGAUGCACUCCGCUUCAAUAUUGCAAAAGUGAUUCACAGUGUGCAACCGGUUCAGUAUGUAACGGAGGGAUAUGCACAGCGCUUUGUGGAAGUACAAGAGAUUGCAUCGGCGAUCAACUCUGUAUUAAUGGUCUUUGUCAGCCUACCUGCAGAAGUAAUUCUAGCUGUCCAGAAUAUCAAUACUGCCAUAACAAUAUAUGUGUUCAAGAAUUACGUUGUACGUCAGACAAUGACUGCUCAUAUGACGAAAAAUGUAUUAAGAAUAAUAUUGGACAGUUUAUGCUGCCUGAAGCUGCAUUUAUGUGCAAGGCGGAGUGUCAUAGAACUUGCGAUGUAAUACUCUGUGGUCGUAACGCCGAAUGCAAAGCUGAUGAUCAUGCAGCAACGUGUUCCUGUAAGCAUGGCUUCUUCGGAAAUGCUAAAGACGACAAAAUUGGUUGUCAACCUAUUGAAUGUGAAGUUAACGAUGAUUGUACACAGGAGAAGAUCUGCGAUUCUCAUAGAUGCAGAAUUGCUUGUCUUGCACAUAAUCCCUGUGGCGUGAAUGCUAUUUGUACAACAGAGAAACAUGUCCAGGUUUGUACAUGCCAACCUGGAUAUACAGGAGAACCCACUCAUGCUUGCAAGCUGAUAGAUUACUGCGCAAAUGUACCCUGUGCACCAGGCGCAUUGUGUGAAAACACGCGAGGACAUUUCAAGUGUCAUUGUCAACCUGGUACAGUCGGAGAUCCUUAUAAUAGCGGCUGUCAACCGCCGGUAGAAUGUCUUCAGGACGUGGACUGUCCGUUAACUGCCAAAUGUGUCAACAUCAAUAAUGUACCAAAAUGUUUUGAUACUUGCGCACGUAUUCGGUGUGGUCCAAAUGCAGAUUGUGUCGCAAGCAAUCAUGCUGCGAGUUGUCAGUGUCGUGCUGAUUACGAAGGCGAUCCUAAUAAUCUGAGCGUGGGAUGUCGUCCAAGACCAGUAGUUUGUUCAUCACAAAUCGAUUGUUUAGUCAAUACUUAUUGUUAUGAAGGCAUUUGUCGACCAUCUUGUCAAUCGGAUGAGGAAUGUAACUUGUCCGAUGUUUGCUUGAACGGGCAAUGCUUAGAUCCGUGCGAUGUAAGAGGAACAUGUGGCAUAAAUGCCGAAUGCAAAGUGAGAAGUCAUAUUAAACAGUGCAGCUGUCCACCAGGUUUUACCGGCAAUUCCGAAGUAGAAUGCGUAAGACUACCAGUGUCAUGUCUCGGAAGCGGAGAUUGCAAUGGAGACAACACCUGUCGCGAGAACGUUUGUUUGCCUAUCUGCACUGUUGAUAAUGAUUGCGCAUUGAAUGAAAAAUGCAUACGCGGCAAUUGCUUGUUGACUUGCCGGUUGGACAAUGAUUGCUUCUUAGGUCAUGUCUGUCUGAACAACAUGUGCUCGUUUGGUUGUCGUGCGGAUGAAGACUGCAAUGCGAAUGAGGCUUGUUUAGAAAACAAAUGUGUAAAUCCAUGUGAAGCUACACCAUGCGGACCAAACGCCAAAUGUACCGUUUUCAAUCAGCGUGCUACGUGUUCCUGUUCUACCGGUUUUAUACCAAAUCCAACUGCCAAAGUUGCGUGUCUGAGAACACCGGGCCCAAUAUGUCAGGCCAAUCGGGAUUGCGUUGUGGGCACAUCUUGCAUCGCUGGCGUUUGCACACCUGUCUGUUCAUCCAGCGCGAAUUGCUUGAGCAAUGAGAGAUGUGACAACUCUGGUAUUUGCAAGUCACUUUGCAGACGGGACGAAGAUUGUAGAAGCGGCGAGAUUUGCGAGGGAUUAGUAUGUAUUUCCGGUUGCCGAGCGGACAUAGAAUGCCAGGACAGUUACGAAUGUAUAAACAAUCAGUGUAUUGAUUCAUGCUCAUUGACUAGCGCCUGCGGUGUAAACGCCAAGUGUACAAUCGUUAAUCAUCAAAAGAUAUGCACGUGUCCAUCGCCGUUGGUAGGAGAUGCUCGUAUUAGUUGCAAGCAGACGUUCCUUCCUUGCUCAUCUGAACUUGAAUGUUUACCAGGACAAACGUGUUACGGUAAAUCGUGCUAUUCCACAUGCAGAAGCGAUGCGAAUUGUUUGAGCGACGAACGUUGUGACGGUGGUAUUUGCAAAACGAUAUGUAACAGCGAUGAUCAUUGCCUCGCAAAUCAAAUAUGUCACAAUCGCAUGUGUGACAUUGGAUGUCGCAGUGAUAAUACGUGUCCGAGCGAUGAGUCUUGUAUCAAUAAUCAGUGCAGAAGUCCAUGCGAUGGUGGCAAAGCGUGUGGAGAGUGUGCCGGUUGUCGAGUAGUCAAUCAUGUGGCUCAAUGCAGUUGUCCCGCAAAUUAUUAUGGUAACGCGCUAAUUAAUUGUGCCAAGACUAUGACUCCCUGCGACGGCUUGUGUGAGUGCGACGAAAUUGGCUUUUGCACCACCAGCUGCCACCAUCAGAACGAUUGUUCUUGCGGCGAAGUCUGUCAUAGUGGUAAAUGUCGCAUCAAGUGUGACAUCAACAAUGCGUGUCCAAAGGGAUACGUAUGCGAUGGAGGUUUAUGCCUCAUUGGCUGUCGCACCCACUCCGAUUGUCCGUCAUCAUUGUCAUGCACAAAUGGCCAGUGUGAGAAUCCAUGUUCCGCUCAGGGAUCGCCUUGCGGAAUAAAUGCACUUUGCCGUGUUUCAAGCCAUCGAGCGGUGUGCUUAUGUCCAGAAGGUUAUCAGGGUGAACCAAGUCAGGAAUGUUAUCAACUGGAGUGUCAUCACGAUGAUGAUUGUGAGCUAAACAAACAUUGCAGCGAAUACGGUGUUUGCACAAAUCCGUGCUUACAACAUGGCGUUUGUGGCUUUAAUGCGCAAUGUCGUGUGAUCAACAGGAAGGCACAAUGUUCUUGUCCGCCAGGACACUUUGGCAAUCCGAAGAUUAACUGCAAGAAAGGUGGAGAUGAAUGCUUACGAAGACCUUGCGGUAUUAACGCUAAGUGCCGAGAAACUCUAAAUGGUUUCGAGUGCACAUGUGAUCCGGGAUGCCACGGUGACCCACAUCAAGUGUGUUUCUGCGAUGGUGAUCUUUGCAAAGACACUCGUUGUGGCAUCAAUGCAGCCUGUCGAAUUUAUAAGAAUCAGCCACAGUGCUAUUGUCCACCGAAUAAUCCAUCGGGCGAUCCAAUGCAUGCAUGUAGCUCAGAUAGAGAUUUAGGAGACUGUCGAACGAAUGGAUGCGGGAAGAACGCCGAAUGUAUUAGAGAUGGAGCUAUAUUCGUUUGCCGAUGUCCACCAGGUACAAGCGGUUCGCCAGAUAUUGAAUGCACAACAGAGCGCGAAUGCACCAGCGACUUAGAGUGUCCCAAUGAAAAAGCCUGCAUAAAUCUACAAUGUCUGGACCCGUGCGCGCUACGCGGUGCCUGUGGAAUCAAUGCCCUGUGCCGAGUGGUUCUACACAAGCCGCGUUGCUCAUGCCCGCAGUGUUAUAUCGGCAUGCCCCACACGGCCUGCCAUCCAGAUUCCAAAUGCGACACGCUCAAUCCCAAACCUACGCCGAGCAUCGGUUGUUCCUCUGACUACGACUGUCCGGAGAGUCUCUCCUGCCACUCGCAGACAGGCGAGUGCCGCGACCCGUGUUUGAGUUCUCGGUAUACCUGCGAGGUCAACAAGAGAUGUCAGGUGCGGAAUCACAAACCUAUGUGUGUUUGCAAAUACGGCUUCGUAGUCAACGAAAUCGGGGAAUUGACCUGUGCUCCUGAUACGCUUACCUGCUCGAGAGACUUCGAUUGUCCCUCGAACACUGCGUGCGUCAAUGGGAAAUGUCAAAAUCCCUGUAAUGUAAGAAACAAAAGACCGUGUCCAGCCGAUAAAACCUGCGAUGUCCUGGACCACCGUCCCGUGUGCAUUUGCACCAAAAACUGCAAUCCCUCCCUCUCCAUUUGCCUGCGAGACAGUGGCUGCUCUCCAGAUUUGGCGUGCCGUAACUAUCGCUGCGUGGACCCAUGCAGAAACUCUACCUGUCCGGCUGAUGCCCCCUGUUACGUGGAAGAGCACAAGCCUAUCUGCAAGUUCUGUCCCCCCGGCUUUGUGCCAGAUACUAAAUACGGAUGCAUGAAAGCAGUUCUUCAUCCCAUGUCCAAGCCAGUUUGCGAGUCCGAUGAUGAUUGCAGCGACGCAGAAGCCUGCGUCGAAAACUCCUGUGUUAAUCCCUGUAUCAAUGGGUGUCAACUGGCAGUUCAAUGUCGAGUUGAAGCGCACAGGCCUAUUUGUGAUUGCGAGCUUAACGACAAACAUUGUUCACCUGGUGCAACGACAUUACGUUCUAUAGAUUUAGAUCACACUUUUGAGAGAGUUCACACUACAUUACAAACAACAACGGGCACUCCGCCAUCCACAUCAUUUGUUUACACUACGGAGAUGUUAACCGUUGCAUAUACGGAGGAUAGUACGAUUACUUUAACUGAUGUUACCGGAAAUUUAUUGGAAAAUAUUACUAUUGAAAUGACAAGUGAAUCAGAUACGACAAUUGUAUCGACAGAAAUUGUUACUGAGUCUCUGGAACAUUCGACGACCAUACCUUCGAUAUUAAGUACAACUGAAAUUAAUAUUUUAAAUGAUACUUUAAAUUCGACGAUAAACGUUGAUGUUAUAGAAAAUGUAACACCUAGUCCCUUUAUUACUUCAACAUUCGAAACUACUAAUUUUGAAAUCGAAAUUACUUCAACAGAGUAUACAACAACACGUAAUGCUGUUACUUCUAAAAGUGAACAAACGACGCAUAGUAUUCCAACCAUAUAUAAUACAGAAGAAACUUUUACAGGAAAUGUAUCUUCUUCUGUAACUGAAACAACAAAGAGUGAAUUUGAAUUUGGUUAUGAAGAAAAUGUUACUACAAUCGAAAUAACUGGAACAACUGCUUUUCAAAAUAUUACUGCCACUUCUCCAAUAACACUCAGUCAUACCGAGAUUACUGAUAUUACUGUAUCUGGCAUGAAUACUGAAAUAACGACUUCUAAGCCAUUGAAAACAAAUAUUACUGAAGUUCCUGAGAAUAUAACUACAGUUCCUACCAUAAAAGUUCCUAAUGUAAGUGGUGAAGAAACUUCCACAUUAGCAACAACUAAACAAUCUUUUACUACUACUACGCAAUAUUCUACUAUUACAGAAUUAACAUUAAAACCAUUAAAAGAAAUUACUGCACCUCCUAUGGAAAAUACCACUAGUUCAAUGAUUAGUACGACAUUUUUUACUCAAGCAAAUCAUACAAUGUCAUCCCCAAAUAUUUUAGAGUAUACGUCCACAGAUAUUGCUAAAGAAAUCACACAAGAAUGGAGCACUGUCAAAACUGAUUCGCUUGAUACAAGUGAGCCAUAUAUAAAAGAUACUAGUUCAUUUUCUACAAUAACUGAAUCUCCUACAUUUACGACAAAUAUUAUUGUUGACAGCGAUGCUCACAAAGUCACUCAUAUUUCCGCGACAGAAUACACUACUUCAAAACAGUAUACAACUGAGGAGUCUACAAGAGAGAUUUCUACUACAGAAUAUCGUACAUUUACAGAAGAUCAUUCUAUUACAGAACAGAUCUUCACUACGAAGCAGCAUAGCACGCUUGAAUAUUCUACAGAAGGAUAUUUUACAACAGAACAAUUUAGAACAUCACAACAAGCUACGGAACAGAUCUCUGAUGCUACAGACAAUUAUAGUAUAUCUGAAUAUUCUACAGAAGCGUAUUCCACUACAGAACAAUUUAAGAUAGCAGAACAAACAGAACAAUACACUACAUUUGAACAAUCUACAGAACAAAUCUCCACUCUAAAGCAAUACAGCACUCCUAAAUACAGCACUACAAAAGAACAUUCUACAACAGAACAGUUUACAACAUCACAACCUAUAGAACAAUAUACUUCUUCAAAACAAUAUACUUCAACUGAAGAAAUUACAGAACAGAUUUCUACUACAGAACAUUAUAAUAUCUCAGAAUACUCUACAGAAGAAUAUUUUACUACAGAACAAUUUAAGAUAUCAGAACAAACAGAACAAUAUACUACAAUUGAACAAUCUACAGAACAAAUCUCCACUACAAAGCAAUAUAGCACUCCUAAAUACAACACUACAAAAGAACAUUCUACAACAGAACAGUUUACAACAUCACAACAAUCUAUAGAACAAUAUACUUUUUCAAAUCUUUCAAAUAAAGAAAUUACGGAACAGAUCUCUACUACAGAACAUUAUAAUAUCUCGGAAUAUUCUACAGAAGAAUAUUUCACUACAGAACAAUUUAAGAUAUCAGAACAAACAGAACAAUACACUACGUUUGAACAAUCUACAGAACAAAUUUCCACUACAAAGCAAUAUAGCACUCCUAAACACAACACUACAAAAGAAUAUUCUACAACAGAACAGUUUACAACAUCACAACAACCUACAGAACAAUAUACUUCUUCAAGUCCAUAUACUUCAAUUGAAGAAAUGACAGAGCAGAUCUUUACUACUGAACAUUAUAAUACCUCGAAAUAUUCAGAAGAAUAUUUCACUACAGAACAAAAAAUAUCAGAACAAACAGAACAAUACACUACAUUUGAACAAUCUACAGAACAAAUCUCCACUACAAAGCAAUACAACACUCCUAAAUAUAGCACUACAAAAGAAUAUUCUACUACAGAACAGUUUAUAAUGUCACAACAACCUACAGAACAAUAUAUUUCUUCAAAUCCAUAUACUUCAACUGAAAAAAUUACAGAACAGAUCUCUACUACAGACUAUUAUAAAACCUCGCAAUAUUCUACAGAAGAAUAUUUCACUACAGAACAAUUUAAGAUAUCAGAACAAACAGAAAAAUACCCUACAUUUGAACAAUCUACAGAACAAAUCUCCACUACAAAGCAAUAUAGCGCUCCUGAAUACCAUACUACAAAAGAACAUUCUACAACAGAACAGUUUACAACAUCACAACAACCUACAGAACAAUAUACUUCUUCAAGUCCAUAUACUUCAAUUGAAGAAAUGACAGAGCAGAUCUUUACUACUGAACAUUAUAAUACCUCGAAAUAUUCAGAAGAAUAUUUCACUACAGAACAAAAAAUAUCAGAACAAACAGAACAAUACACUACAUUUGAACAAUCUACAGAACAAAUCUCCACUCCAAAGCAAUACAGCACUACAAAAGAGUAUUCUACAACAGAACAGUUUACAACAUCACAACAACCUACAGAACAACAUACUUCUUCAAAACAAUAUACUUCAACUGAAGAAAUUACAGAACAGAUCUCUACUACAGAACAUUAUAAUAUCUCAGAAUACUCUAUAGAAGAACAUUUCACUACAGAACAAUUUAAAAUAUCAGAACAAACAGAACAAUACACUACGUUUGAACAAUCUACAGAACAAAUUUCCACUACAAAGCAAUAUAGCACUCCUAAAUACAACACUACAAAAGAACAUUCUACAACAGAACAGUUUACAUCAUCACAACAACCUAUAGAACAAUAUACUUCUUCAAAUCAAUAUACUUCAACUGAAGAAAUUACGGAACAGAUUUCUACUAUAGAUCAUUAUAAUACAUUGAAAUAUUCAACAGAAGGAUAUACCACUACAGAACAGUUUAAAAUAUCAGAACAAACAGAACAAUACUCUACGUUUUCGCAAUCUACGGGACAAAUCUUUACUACAGAACAAUAUAGCACACCUAAAUAUUCUACAGAAAUAUAUUCUAUAACAGAACAAUUUAGAACAUCACAAGAGCCAACAGAGCAAUACACUACUUCGAAACAGUAUAUUUCAACCAAAGAAUCCACAGAACAGCUCUAUACCACAGAAAAGUUUCCCACUACAGGAUUUGAGACAUCUGAGCAGCCUACCACAUUUGAACAAUCUACAGCAAAACAGAUCUCUACUAUAGAACAAUACAGCACAUUUCAAUAUCCAUCUGAACAGUUCAUCACAUCUACGCAAUCAAUACAAUAUAGUAUAAAUGAAUAUUCCACAGGAGAAUAUUCUACCACAGAGCUUGUUACAUCUGAAAAAUCUACAGAGCAAUCUCUGAUUACAGAAUAUACGACGUCUGAAAUUACUCAGAAUAAAACUGAUAUGUUUUGUAUCUUACAUACAGAUUGUACAGAAUGCGAAACUUGCAUUGAUAAUUUUUGUCGGAAUCCCUGUAAAACUGAUAAUUCAUGUCCAGAGAAUGUUUUAUGCGACGUUAUAAAUCAUCGGCCUGUGUGCUUAGACUCAAAUACCGAGCAGAACGUGAAAUGUACAACGCACAACGACUGUCCCAUCCAAUUGGCUUGUGUAAAUCAUCAAUGUGUAAAUCCGUGCACUUUGGGCAAUCCGUGCGACUUCAUCGAAGCUUGUCAUGUUCAAUAUCAUAGGCCGGUUUGCGUUAAAGUGGAGUCCAAUGAGGCAGAGUGUCCUUAUUGUCCACCUGGUAUGCAAUGUGAUCCAGCGACAAACACUUGCAUCAAAGCGGGUUGCACUAGCAACAAGGAUUGCCCUCUGACAGAAGCGUGCAUUGGGCACGCUUGCCAGGAACCCUGCCUAAUUCGAAAUCCCUGUGCGGAACAUGCUGUUUGUAUUAAUACAAAUCACGGAGCAGAUUGCAGUUGUGAAGAAGGCUAUUAUGGAAAUGGAUUCUCUUAUUGCGAUUUGUAAACGAAGAAUAUUUGUCAAUAUAACGAAGACUGUCCUCCGAACAAAUACUGCGAUCGACUCAACAGACAGUGCAUCAAUCCUUGCGUCGAGUUUGAUUGCGGAGAUAAUGCGAAAUGUGUCUCUAGUAAUCAUCAAGCGCAGUGUACAUGCCUUCCAGGUUAUCAAGGAAAUCCUCACAUUGGCUGUCAGGAGAUAGUGCUGACUGUCGAUCCUUGCAUUCCAAAUCCGUGCGGUUUGAACGCUUUAUGCGAGAAUGACAAUGGAAAUCCCAUUUGUUUCUGUCCGAAAGGUCUAACUGGAAGCCCCUUCGAGCAGUGCAUUCCCGAAGGUGACCAAUGUGAAGGUAAUCCUUGCGGUGCCAAUUCAGGAUGUCGAGUGGUGAGUGGACAGGUGAAAUGCUUCUGUUUACCUGGAUAUGAAGGUCAUCCACCGAAUUUCCCUUGCACACUUCCUAGUACCUCCUGCGAUCCUUCUCCAUGCGGUCCCAAUACUCGUUGUUCCGUGUUGGAUAAUGGCUUUGCGAAGUGUACCUGUUUAUCUGGCUACAUUGAAAGCCCCAAUACUAUUAGAGGAUGCGUGCCAAAAGCCGAUCAAUGCGAAUUUAAUCCAUGUGGUUUUGGGGCGAGAUGCAAUAGCACGAGAGUACCGCCUUGUUACUGUCCAGAUCUCACAAUUGGAAAUCCAUACAAGAGUUGCGGAGUACGUCCAGAAAAACCAUACGAUCCUUGUCUAUUAUCACCCUGUGGCAAAAACGCUAUUUGCACCGCAAUCGAUGGCAUAGCUAAAUGCACAUGUAUACCGCCAUUUGUCGGUAAUCCGUAUAUAGAUGGUUGCGAAGCCGAGUGUAUUAUUAAUCGGGAUUGCGAAAGUCAUCUGGCUUGUUUCAAUCAACACUGUAGAGAUCCAUGUCCAGGCGUAUGUGGCGCUAAUGCGCAUUGCGAAGUCGUUGAUCAUCUUCCUAUGUGUUCUUGUUUGCCAGGAUAUACCGGAGAUCCGUUUAGAGCUUGUAAAGUAGAGAAACCUCAAGUGCCAGAUCAGAAUCCGUGUAUGCCAUCGCCAUGCGGUCCACACAGUAUUUGCCGUGUAAUGAACGAUCGUGCAGUUUGUUCAUGUAGUCCGGGUUACCAAGGCACUCCACCGCAUUGCCGUCCGGAGUGUCUCGUCAGCACGGAAUGCCCGGCUCAUUUAGCUUGCAUUGAUCAAAAGUGUAAUGAUCCUUGCCCAGGAUUGUGUGGUUUGAACGCUGAUUGUCAAGUUAUCAAUCACAAUCCAAUUUGUAGUUGUCCUCGUCAAUAUGCUGGCGAUCCAUUCACGCAAUGCGUCAAAGAAGAACCUUUACCUCCAACAACGAAUCCUUGUUUGCCAUCGCCUUGCGGGCCUAAUGCUGAUUGUCGAGUUCAAGAGGAUCAUCCGAUAUGCACAUGCAUCAGUGGUAUGUUCGGAGCACCACCGAAUUGUAGACCAGAGUGUGUGAUUGAUCAGGACUGCAUUAGCUCCUUAGCUUGUAUUCAAAAGAAAUGUUUAGAUCCAUGCGUUGGAUCGUGCGGAUUUAACACGAAUUGUACGGUGUUGAAUCAUCGACCUAUUUGUCAUUGUUAUGAAGGAUAUGAAGGAGAUCCUUUUUCAGGUUGCGCCAAAGUUGUUUUCCCAGUGCAAUUACCGUGCGAUCCUUCGCCGUGCGGUACGAAUGCUGUAUGUAAAGAACGUAACGGCGCGGGAUCUUGCACUUGUUUACCUGAUUAUACUGGUGAUCCCUACGAAGGUUGCAGACCGGAAUGUGUUCAGAAUUCAGAUUGUGCUCAUACGAAGGCUUGUAUUAACAAUAAAUGCAAGGAUCCAUGUGUGGGAGCGUGCGGAAUUAACGCGCAAUGCCAAGUUUAUAAUCAUCAACCAUCUUGUAGUUGUCUCUCUGGUUAUACCGGAGACCCUCUUACGUCUUGCCACAUACCAAUAAAAUCUUCAACACCGGGCGAUACGUGCCAACCAUCUCCCUGUGGACCAUAUAGCAACUGCCGCGUUAUUGAUAAUCAUGCAGUGUGCUCUUGUCAACCUAAUUACAUCGGUAGUCCACCGUCAUGUCGACCAGAAUGCGUAGUCAGUACAGAUUGUAGCCCAAACACGGCGUGUAUUAAUCAAAGAUGUAAAGAUCCAUGUCUAGGCACAUGCGGUGUGAAUGCAGACUGCCGAGUGAUCAAUCAUAAUCCAGUCUGCAUCUGCGCGAUUGGCUAUAGUGGAGAUCCGUUCUUCGGUUGCGUUAAGGAAGAAAUAACACCUUUACCGAAACCAAGCGGCAAUCCUUGCGUCCCUUCACCAUGUGGACCGAAUUCCCAGUGUCGAGUGAUUGACGGUUUUCCGGCAUGCUCGUGUUUAUCGAAUUACGUUGGCCGCGCACCAAAUUGCCGUCCCGAGUGUGUCAUAAAUGAAGGAUGUCCCGGAAAUUUGGCGUGCCAGAACGAACAGUGUGUGGACCCGUGUCCAGGAUCUUGCGGCGUAAACACGUAUUGCAAUGUCGUAAAACACAAUCCCGUCUGUAUCUGUAACGAGGGUUAUACGGGUGAUCCGUUUACGGAAUGUACACCAAUCGUAGAAGCACCUAUUACGACAGAGCAACCACGCACGCCGUGUAAUCCAUCGCCAUGCGGUGCCAACGCAGUGUGCAACGAACGAAACGAAGUCGGAUCUUGCACAUGUCUACCGCAAUACUUUGGCGAUCCGUACAUUGCUUGUAGACCAGAAUGCGUGACUAACGCCGACUGCGAUCGCAGUAAGGCCUGUCUGAACAACAAAUGUGUCAAUCCAUGUCCUGGUACUUGCGGCCAAGAUGCCACUUGCCGCGUGGUUAAUCAUGCACCGAUGUGCUCUUGCCUACCGGGAUAUACCGGUGAUCCGGUAAACGGCUGUACCAUAAUCAUCGUGACGCCGUUGCCCGUGCCAAUUGAUCCUUGUGAUCCAUCACCAUGUGGACCCAACAGCAACUGUCGAACGCACGACGGACAUGCAGUGUGCCUCUGCCAACCAGGAUUCUCCGGAGUUCCGCCUACCUGCCGACCGGGUUGCAUUGUCAGUUCUGAAUGUUCACAGAACAGAGCAUGUAUCAAUAACAAGUGUGCGGAUCCGUGUCCAGGUUCUUGCGGACAGAACACGAAUUGCCUUACGGUGAAUCACAAUCCUAUCUGUAGCUGCGCCAGCGGGUAUUCCGGCGAUCCCUUCGUUCAUUGUACUAGGAUCAGCACUACAUCACCGUCGCCGAAGGGAGAAGAAGAUCCUUGUCUACCAAAUCCAUGCGGUCCGAACUCUCAGUGCAGAGUGAUAGGCUCUCAUCCAGCAUGUUCUUGCUUGCAAAACUACAUCGGCCGUCCACCGAAUUGUAGACCUGAGUGCACCGACAACUCGGAAUGCUUUAAUACCGCAGCGUGCAUUAAUCAAAGAUGCAAGAAUCCUUGCCCUGGCGCUUGCGGCGAGAUUGCCAAAUGCACAGUGCAAAAUCAUGUUCCAAUUUGUACUUGUCCGGAAGGAUAUGAGGGCGAUCCCACUGUGCGCUGCGUCCUAGCAUCUCCACCAGCGACAGAUAGGACCAUAUCGAAUCCUUGCUCGCCGAAUCCUUGCGGUCCCAACGCGCAAUGUCGUGAAAGAAACGGAGCAGGUGCCUGCGGAUGUCCACCAGAUCUAAUAGGCGAUCCGUAUGAUAUCAUCAAGGGAUGUCACAGGGAAUGCGAAACAAACAAUGAUUGCGCACCACAGUUGGCGUGUGUUGGUUUCAAAUGUACAGAUCCAUGUCCCAAUACUUGUGGAACGUUAUCUAUUUGUAACGUACAAGCGCACGUUCCUGUCUGUCUGUGUCCACCAGGAUAUACUGGAGAUCCAUAUUUCGCUUGCGAAAUUGAGGAGAUGAUAAAAACAUUGGAACCGUGUUCUCCAUCACCUUGUGGACCUAAUAGUAAAUGCCGAGUUGUCAACGAUCAAGCUGUAUGCACUUGUUUACCAGAGUACAGGGGUAUUCCACCAUCGUGUAGACCAGAAUGUAUCGUUAAUGCUGAGUGUCCUCUACAUCUAGCAUGUAUAAAUAAAAAAUGUGUAGAUCCUUGCCCGAAUAUCUGUGGAUUGAAGGCACAAUGUAUUACCAAAAACCACAAUCCAAUUUGCACCUGCCCUGCCGGUUUUACAGGAGAUCCUUUCACUUUCUGCUCGCCACAUGUUAUUACCGAAAUCCCAAUAACUGAACGGCCACCAUCUUGCACUCCAUCGCCUUGCGGUCCAAAUUCCUUAUGUCAAAUAAUAUCUGGUAAUCCUGCUUGCUCUUGCCUGCCAAAUUACAUUGGCGUCCCGCCGCAGUGCCGACCGGAAUGCAUCUUAAGCACCGAAUGUAAGAGCCACCUCGCAUGUGUCAAUCAAAGAUGUGCGGAUCCCUGUCCAGGCUCGUGUGGAAUAAACGCUCAAUGUCAUGUAUUAAAUCAUCUGCCAGUUUGCACGUGUAUGGAAGGUUUCACUGGAGAUCCAUUUACGCAAUGCAGCAUUAUUCCACCAGGUAAAAACAUAGAGCAACUUACAGAAUCACCAUCCACGGAUCCUUGUGCACUGUCCCCGUGUGGUCCGAACGCCAUAUGCGAUAAUGGUGAUUGCAGAUGCUUGCCAGAGUACAUCGGUAAUCCUUAUGAGGCCUGUCGGCCCGAAUGUAUUCUUAAUUCGGAAUGUGCUCGCGAUAAAACUUGUCUGAAGAACAAAUGCAAGGAUCCUUGUCCCGGAAUAUGCGGCCAAAACGCGCAAUGCGACAUAAUCAAUCACAUUCCUGUUUGCUCUUGUCCAUCUGGAUAUAUUGGCGAUCCAUUUGUUAGCUGCCGUGUUCAACCUAGAGUGCCAGAUUCUCGAAAGGAUCCGUGCACGCCUUCGCCCUGCGGACCGAACAGUCAGUGUCGUAAUGUCGAAGAUCAUGCUGUGUGCUCCUGUCUUCAAGGCUAUCUUGGUUCUCCACCAUCCUGCAAACCAGAGUGUCUCGUUAGUUCUGAAUGUCCGCCAACGCGAGCCUGCGUAAACAAAAAAUGCACAGAUCCAUGUCUGGGUUCCUGUGGCCUGAAUGCGAGAUGCGAAGUGAUCAAUCACUCGCCAAUAUGCAGUUGUUUACCCGGACAAACUGGAGAUCCGUUCAGAAGUUGUUACGAUAUUCCACUACCACCGGAACCUAAAGACCGGGGCGAUCCUUGCAAUCCUUCGCCAUGCGGACCAAACGCACUUUGUCAGAACACAAAUGGACAACCGUCAUGUUCGUGUCUGCCCACUUACAUUGGCACUCCGCCAUCAUGUCGACCAGAAUGUUUGAUCAAUCCUGAUUGUCCGCCGGAAAAAUCCUGCAUAAACAUGAAAUGUAAAGAUCCUUGUCCGGGAUCCUGCGGGGACAACGCUGAGUGCAAAGUGGUGAAUCACGCAGUAACUUGUUCGUGUAAACUCGGCUACACGGGUAAUCCAUUCGUGCAAUGCGUGUUAGAAGAGGAACCAAUGAAUCCUUGUGAACCUUCACCGUGCGGAGCUAACGCGAUCUGUCAGCAACGAGACAAUGCUGGCGCUUGUAUAUGUAUCGAUGAUUAUCAAGGAAAUCCUUACGAGGGAUGUCAACCGGAGUGUGUCCUCAGUGCGGAUUGCUCUACGAAUAAGGCUUGCGUUCGCAACAAAUGUAAGGAUCCUUGCCCAGGUGUGUGCGGCGUUCGAGCACAGUGUUCAGUGAUCAAUCACAUUCCUACGUGUACUUGUGAGCCUGGAUACAUUGGAGAUCCAUUUACGACUUGCACCUUACAACCGGAAGUGGAUACUGAGCCUACUGUAAGAAAUCCAUGCUCUCCUUCACCUUGCGGACCAAACAGCUUGUGCCGCGCUGUAAACAAUCAAGCCGUGUGCACAUGCCAAGAAUCUUUCGUUGGUGUACCACCAAAUUGCAAACCGGAAUGUGUCGUCAAUUCAGAAUGUCCGCAAAAUAGAGCAUGUUAUAAAUACAAAUGUACUGAUCCGUGCCCCGGCACAUGUGGAAUUGAAGCCAAUUGUCGUGUUAUUAAUCAUAAUCCACUCUGCAGUUGUCCGCAAGGAAAAACGGGCGAUCCCUUCUCUAGAUGUUUCCCUGAACCUGUUGUGCCGCUACCACCGGUGGAUCCUUGUUUCCCUAGCCCAUGUGGACUCUACGCGGAGUGCAAAGUAGUCAAUAAUCAAGCCGCAUGCACUUGUUUGAAAAAUUACAUAGGAAUACCGCCCAAUUGUCGUGCAGAAUGCGUAGUUAAUACAGAUUGUCCAUCGGAUCAAGCUUGUAUCUCUGAAAAAUGUCGCGAUCCUUGCAUUGGUUCCUGCGGUCAAAAUGCUGAUUGUCGAGUACAGAAUCACAUACCAGUUUGCUUGUGUCAACUUGGAUAUUCCGGCGAUCCUUUCACAUUGUGCACAGUAAUUAGAGAACAACCAAAGAUUCCCGAAGAUUUGUGCAGUCCGUCACCUUGCGGACCCAAUGCAGAAUGUAACGAAGGUGUAUGCAGGUGCUUGCCUAAUUACUUUGGAGAUCCAUAUUCGUAUUGUCGGCCAGAAUGUACAAUGAAUUCAGAUUGUCCUCGUGUCAAAACUUGCAUCAAUCAAAACUGCGUGGAUCCUUGCCCAGACACAUGCGGUCGUGAUGCACGUUGUGACGUUGUUAAUCACGUUCCAAUGUGCAGUUGUCCACCUGGUUACACUGGAAAUCCAUUUCUUUUAUGCCGACCACAUAUACCAGAUGAUACCAUUAAACAGCCUUGUAUACCUUCGCCUUGUGGACCAAACAGCAUCUGCAAAGUUGUGAAUGAUCAUGCUGUAUGUUCGUGUCAACCUGGUUUAAUUGGCAGUCCACCCACCUGCAAACCAGAAUGCGUUAUUAGCGCUGACUGUCCAUUGACACAAGCGUGUCUAAAUAAUAAAUGCCAAGAUCCAUGUCCAGGCACGUGUGGACAGAAUACGAACUGUCAAGUGGUUAAUCAUAAUCCAAUAUGUAGCUGCUCUGAAUCUUAUACAGGCGAUCCCUUCACAAUAUGUUAUCCGCAACCAAAAACACCACCUGCACUAAUGAAUCCGUGUCUACCAUCGCCUUGCGGUCCUAACGCAGAGUGUCAAGUGAGGGGUGAUAAUCCUGCGUGCUCGUGUAUCGAAAAUUAUGUUGGUUUGCCACCCAAUUGUCGACCGGAGUGCACAAUUAAUCCUGAGUGUCCGCCGCAGUUAGCUUGUAUGCAACAAAAGUGUCGCGAUCCGUGUGUCGGUUUGUGCGGUCCGAACGCUCAGUGCUCGGUAGUGAAUCACCACGCGAUUUGUACGUGCAUCAACGGAUACACCGGAAAUCCAUUCAGCGCCUGUGAACAAGUACCCGAAGGUGAGUACACAACUGUUAUAAAACCAUGUGAGCCUUCCCCUUGUGGCAUCAAUGCCGUCUGCCGUGAGAACAAUGGCGUUGGCUCGUGCACCUGUCUGCCGGACUACCUAGGUGACCCUUACCAAGAAUGCAGACCCGAGUGCACGCAAAAUUCUGACUGUUUAACAAGAAUGGCGUGCAUGAACUUGAAAUGCAGAGACCCUUGUCCAGGAACAUGUGGAGUGAAUGCUCAAUGUCAAUCGGUUAAUCAUCUGCCGAUUUGUAUUUGCAUUCCCGGCUAUACCGGCAAUCCUUUUACGCUCUGUUCCCCAAUAGUUGAAAUCCUACAGCCAGAAACAAAUUCGUGCAGCCCAUCUCCCUGUGGACCAAAUAGUAAAUGUCGAGAUAUAAAUGGCCUUGCCGUUUGCACUUGCCUCCCGAAUUUUAUUGGCAGCUCUCCCAACUGUCGAGCUGAAUGCGUAAUGAACAGCCAAUGCUCUCAAGAUCUCGCUUGCAUUAAUCAGAAGUGUAUAUCACCUUGCCCGGAUCCAUGUGGUAUAAAUACACAAUGCAGAGUAAUCGGUCACAGCCCCAUCUGCAUCUGCAAUCUCGGUUAUACCGGAGAUCCCUUUACGAGAUGUUUCCCCGCCCCACAUUUUCCUGUAGUCUCCAAAGAUCCCUGUUUACCAUCUCCAUGUGGCAUAUAUGCGGAGUGUAGGAAUAUUGGUAAUACACCAUCAUGCUCCUGUCUCCCGACCUACAGAGGAUCACCACCGAAUUGUCGCCCUGAAUGUCGCGUAAAUUCCGAAUGCCCGAUGAAUCUUGCCUGCAACAAUGAGAGAUGCAGAGAUCCUUGUUUAGGCUCCUGCAGCAUCACUUCAUUGUGCACAGUCUACAAUCAUAUACCUGUGUGUACUUGUCCCGAAGGAUUUACUGGCGAUCCUUUCACUAAUUGUUAUCUCAGACCAACAACGGCACCUGCAGUUAUCGACCCUUGUAAUUUGAACCCUUGUGGACCGAAUGCACGAUGCAACAAUGGCAUCUGCAUAUGUCUGCCUGAAUAUCAAGAUGAUCCUUACGUGGGUUGCCGUCCCGAAUGUGUCAUGAAUACUGAUUGCGCCCACGAUCGUGCGUGUAUGCGCAAUAAAUGCAUCGAUCCCUGCCCGGGCACGUGCGGUCGAAAUGCAUUGUGUUCCGUAUACAAUCAUGUACCUAUGUGCACCUGUCCGACCGGAAUGGCCGGCAAUGCCUUUGUUCAAUGUUCCAUAGUCGAAGAUAUCCCAAAAAGAGAUUCCUGCUCACCCUCGCCCUGUGGACCCAACAGUAUUUGUCGAGAAAACAACGGGCAACCUGUGUGCUCAUGUGUGGCAGGCUUUCUUGGUGUUCCGCCAGCAUGCAGACCGGAAUGUACUGUCAGUUCUGAAUGCAUUCUGACAGAAGCGUGUAGCAAUCAAAAAUGCAUAAAUCCUUGUCUCGGUGCAUGCGGAAUUCAAGCUACAUGUCAAGUAAUCAAUCAUAAUCCCAUAUGUAGCUGCGGAGAACUCACUGGAGACCCAUUCGUUCGGUGUAUUCCACGACCACCCAAACCCGUGUUGCAAACAAAUCCCUGUGUGCCAUCUCCUUGUGGAGCAAAUGCCGAGUGUCGAGUUGUAGGCGAUGCUCCCUCAUGUUCAUGUCUAGCUGGAUUCUUGGGUUUGCCACCAUAUUGUAAACCCGAGUGCAUUAGCAAUAGUGAAUGUCCUGCUCAUUUAGCGUGUAUGAAUCAGAAAUGUAGGAAUCCUUGCGAAGGCUCCUGCGGAGCUAACGCCGAAUGUCGUGUAGUGAGUCAUACACCCAUGUGUGUUUGUCCUAGCGACUUCACCGGCGAUCCAUUUACACAGUGUACCAUGAAACCACCCACACCACUCCCACUAUCACCUUGUAAACCGUCACCCUGUGGCUUUAAUGCCAUCUGCAAAGAACAGUUUGGUGUUGGAUCCUGUUCUUGCUUACCAGAUUAUAUCGGCAAUCCUUACGAAGGAUGUCGACCAGAAUGCGUGGUUGAUACAGAUUGCAUAUCUAUUCUUGCUUGCGUACAAUCAAAGUGCAGAGAUCCAUGUCCUGGUGUCUGUGGACAAUUUGCUGAAUGUCAAGUUAUCAAUCAUCGACCAUCUUGCACAUGUAUUUCCGGUUAUAGUGGCAAUCCCUUCCAAUACUGCACUGUAAUACGCGAUGUCGGUACGAAUAUUUUCUUGAAUACUUGCAAUCCAUCGCCUUGUGGACCCAACAGCCAGUGUCGUGUUAAUAACAAUCAAGCAGUUUGUUCUUGCCUACCGAUUUUCAUCGGUAAUCCACCUGCAUGUCGCCCUGAAUGUGUGACAAGUUCGGAUUGUUCCCUCAAUCUUGCUUGUUUGAAUCAAAAGUGCCAAGAUCCCUGUCCUGGCUCUUGCGGCAGAAAUUCGAAUUGCAGAGUCAUCAAACAUAAUCCGAUUUGUUCUUGCAAGAACGGUUUUACCGGUGAUCCAUUUACUGUUUGCUUCCAGAUACCUGUGAGUCCGCCUGUUGUAAGUGAUGUUACGAGAGAUCCGUGCAUACCAUCACCUUGUGGCAUGUUUUCCGAAUGUCGCGAUAUAGGAGGAGUGCCAUCAUGUUCUUGUUUACCAACGUAUAGAGGCAGUCCACCGAAUUGUAAACCAGAGUGCACAAUUAAUGCAGAGUGCUCAGCUAAUAUGGCUUGCAUGCAACAAAGAUGUAAAGAUCCCUGUCCAGGCUCAUGCGGCAUCAUGGCCGAAUGUAGUGUCAUAAAUCAUGUACCAAUUUGUUCGUGUUUGCCUGAUUACACUGGCGAUCCUUUUAUUGAAUGUUCCGUAAAACCACGUAAGAUUCCCCAUCCCCCUUCUAAACCGGAUCCAUGCACACCUUCGCCUUGCGGACCCAAUACGCAAUGUAAUGGAGGAAUUUGCGUUUGUAUAGCAGAAUAUUUUGGGGAUCCUUAUAGCGGUUGUCGACCAGAAUGUGUAUUGAAUAACGAUUGUCUGAAUACGCGAGCGUGCGUGCGAAAUAAAUGCGUGGAUCCUUGUCCAGGUGUUUGCGGCCAAAAUGCUAUGUGCAAUGUGUAUAAUCAUGUUCCUAUGUGUACUUGUCCCUCGGGAAUGGAUGGAAAUGCUUUCGUCCUAUGUUCUCCCGUGCCAGCGCCACCCAUUAGCAACCCAUGUAAUCCAUCUCCGUGUGGUCCGAAUAGUCAAUGCCGAGAAAAUAAUAUGCAGGCUGUAUGUAGUUGUAUAAGUGGCUUUAUCGGCGCGCCUCCGACUUGUAGGCCCGAAUGUGUAAUUAGUUCAGAUUGCCCGAAGAAUGAAGCAUGCACUAAUCAAAAAUGUCAGGACCCUUGUCCGGGAAGUUGCGGUCGCAACACAAUCUGCAAUGUUAUUAAUCACAAUCCUGUUUGUGUCUGUCGUUCUGGAAUGACCGGAGAUCCAUUUAUUAAUUUGUCUCAGUUAAUAUUAAUCGGUAUUACUUUUAAAGCUGAGGAUCCAUUACCUGUGCUUAAUCCUUGUCAACCAUCACCGUGUGGACCAAAUGCACAAUGCCAAGUGAUUAAUGAUCAAGCCUCUUGCUCAUGCUUGCAAGAAUUUAUUGGAUCACCCCCGAACUGUCGGUCUGAGUGUAACAGUAAUAGCGAAUGCUCGAACAAAAUGGCUUGCAUUAAUCAAAAAUGUCGCGAUCCGUGCAUCAAUGCAUGCGGCAUCAAUGCCGUUUGCAAUGUUGUUAGUCACACACCGAUGUGUGCAUGCACCCCCGGCUACACUGGCGAUCCGUUUACGCAAUGUUCUCCCCAACAAUUCGAUAUACAGCCUAGUAUAUCCACGCCAUGCACCCCAUCUCCAUGUGGUGCAAAUGCAGUAUGCAGAGUUCAGCAAAAUGCUGGUUCUUGCUCAUGCUCGACCGAUUAUAUUGGCAAUCCUUAUGAAGGAUGCAGACCUGAGUGUACACUCAAUUCCGACUGUCCGUCCAAUCAAGCAUGUAUUGGUUUAAAAUGUAAAGAUCCAUGUCCAGGAACAUGCGGUCAAAACGCGCAAUGCUACGUGAUUAAUCAUGCACCAACUUGUACUUGCUUCGAGCAGUACACGGGAAAUCCAUUCAUAUUCUGCAACCUUAUUGUUGAAGCCCCGAUUAUAGCAGAUAACAUUAAUCCCUGUCAACCGUCCCCUUGCGGACCUUAUAGUCAAUGUAGAGAAAGCAAUGGCCAAGCUGUUUGCUCUUGUUUACCGACUUAUAUCGGCGCACCACCCGGUUGUAGACCCGAAUGUACAGUUAGUACAGAUUGUGCGACAAAUCGAGCUUGCGAAAAUAAUAAGUGUGUUGAUCCUUGUCCCAACUCUUGCGGUCAAGGUACAACGUGUAGAGUCGUAAAUCAUAGUCCAAUAUGCAUAUGCAAACCUGGAUUCAGCGGUGAUCCAUUCAUACGCUGCCUAUUUGUACCACCUACUCCGAGUUACUUACCAAGUCUGCCCUCAGACCCUUGCAUACCCUCACCAUGCGGAUCUAAUUCGCAAUGUCGCAACAUCAACGGUUAUCCAUCCUGUUCUUGUAUGAUUAAUUACAUUGGUACACCACCAAAUUGUCGUCCCGAAUGCGUUAUUCCUGCCGAUUGUCCGAGCAAUCAAGCUUGUAUUCGUGAGAAAUGCCAAGAUCCCUGUCCAGGUUCUUGUGGUCUGAAUGCCGAUUGUACUGUUCAUAACCACAUUCCAAUCUGCAGAUGUAUAGAAAGUUAUACUGGUGAUCCAUUUAUUGGUUGUCAGCCUAUACCGAUCUACAACGAGCCAAUACAGCCAACUGAUCCAUGCAAUAAAUCACCUUGUGGACCAAACGCUCAAUGCAACAAUGGCAUUUGUAUUUGUUUACCUGAAUACUUUGGUGAUCCAUAUGUUGGCUGUCGACCAGAAUGCGUACUUAGUACAGAUUGCUCAACCGACAAGGCAUGCAUACGAAACAAAUGUGUCGAUCCUUGUCCAGGUACGUGUGGACAAAACAGUUUGUGCAAUGUGAUAAAUCACACACCGAUGUGCAGUUGUCCUCCUGGUACUUCUGGAAAUGCAUUCAUUUCUUGUGAUGUAAUAAGAGUCCCUUCCGUGACAAGACCAUGCAGCCCGAAUCCUUGUGGUCCAAACAGCAUAUGUAGAGAAUUAAAUGAACAAGCUGUGUGUACUUGUGCACCAGAGUUUCUCGGUGCACCGCCUCUCUGUCGACCCGAAUGUACCCUUAGUUCUGACUGUCGGCCGAACGAAGCUUGCGCUAAUCAAAAAUGCAAAAAUCCUUGCCCUGGUACAUGCGGCAUCCAAGCAAAAUGCGUAGUUGUCAAUCACAACCCUGUUUGCUCGUGUCCCGAGCGCUACACAGGCGAUCCAUUUAUCAGAUGUGAUAUUAUGAAACCAAUAGCACCUGUAGUAAUAAACCCUUGUCAACCUUCGCCCUGUGGUCCGUACGCUCAGUGCCAGGUCGUUAACGAUUUGCCAUCCUGCUCGUGUCUACCUGAAUACAGAGGCUCUCCCCCGUAUUGUCGACCUGAAUGUAUUUCAAAUCAUGAGUGCCCCAGCCAUCAAAGUUGUGUGCGACAAAAAUGCAGGGAUCCCUGCCCAGGUUUAUGCGGGGAAAAUGCGGAAUGUCAUGUGAUACAACACGUGCCUCAUUGUGUCUGUACCUACGGUCUCACCGGUGAUCCGUACACGCGUUGCUCUGCGAUACAACUGGAACCAAUAUCGUCGCCUUGCGUAAACUUUGAAUGUGGUGCGAAUGCGAUAUGUAGAGAGCGAGAUAGUGUCGCAAUAUGUCAAUGUAUCUCUAGCUAUGUUGGUAAUCCGUACUUAGCGUGUCGACCCGAAUGCAUUAUUAAUCCUGAUUGUGCAUCCAAUUUGAUGUGCGUAAGAAACAAGUGCACCAAUCCUUGCGCCGGUAUGUGCGGUCGAAACGCCGAGUGCUCGGUCGUUAAUCAUCAACCGAUAUGCACAUGUCUUCCUGGAUAUACCGGAGAUCCUUUUAUUUCUUGUUUUAUAGACAAAAUAAUCUCCGAUGAGAACGUUUGCGCCCCAUCACCCUGUGGACCCAACAGCAAAUGCAAAGAAGUAUCCGGACAGGCUGUCUGUUCAUGCCUUCCGUCAUACGUUGGAACUCCACCUGCAUGUAGACCUGAAUGUGUUGCUAGCUCAGAAUGUUCCCCACAAUUAGUGUGCAAGGACUACAAAUGCGUGAACACCUGCCCAAGCCCAUGCGGACUCAAUACUAAUUGUGUGGUCGUUAAUCAUAGCCCCAUCUGCAGUUGUAUGUCUGGUUACAGCGGAGAUCCAUUCACCAUAUGCUCUUUAAUUCCACUUAUAACACCACCACUAGUACAGAAAGACCCUUGUGUGCCAUCUCCGUGUGGUAGCUUCUCCCAAUGCAGAAAUAUUGGUGAUUCUCCCGCGUGUACCUGCUUGGAAAAUUAUAUUGGUCAACCACCUAAUUGCAGACCUGAAUGUACCAUACACUCAGAAUGUCCGAGUGAUAAGGCCUGUAUCAAUAUGAAAUGUGUGGAUCCAUGUCCCGGAUCGUGUGGCACCAAUGCUCUGUGUUCGGUUAUUAACCAUAUUCCCACGUGCAGAUGUCCCGAGGGAUACACUGGAAAUACAUUUGUUCUUUGCGAAAUAUUGCCAGCAAUAAGUAAGCGAUACGAGCCAUCCACGACUCCAUCCCCGGUCGAAGAUGCCUGCGUUCUGUCACCCUGUGGUCCUAACGCGCAAUGUUUUGACGGUAUCUGUACUUGUCUACCGGAAUUCCGAGGAGAUCCGAAUGUAGGUUGUCGACCGGAAUGCGUCCUAAACGCGGAUUGUCCCCGUGAUAGAGCAUGUAUACGUAACAAAUGCCUGGAUCCAUGCCCUGGAGCUUGCGCUGUUAACGCAUUAUGCACCGUGAUUGGUCACAUUCCCAUGUGCAGUUGCCCUGGAAAUAUGACUGGCAAUGCAUUUAGCCAAUGUACACCUCUACAAGACAUACCACUCGCUAAUCCAUGCACCCCUUCACCCUGCGGACCGAAUAGUGAAUGCCGUGUUAUAAAUAAUCAGGCGGUCUGCUCCUGUAUAAGAGGAUAUUUAGGUAGUCCUCCGACUUGCAGGCCCGAAUGCAUAGUCAGCACGGAUUGCCCCCAGAAUGAAGCUUGUAGCAAUCAGAAAUGUACGAAUCCUUGUCUUGGAAGUUGUGGAUUAGGCGCGUCUUGUCAAGUAGUGAAUCAUAAUCCGAUUUGCAUUUGUCCACCUUCUCAAACGGGUGAUCCUUUUGUUAGAUGCUAUUUAUCACCACCUCAAAUACCUGUAUCCCUCACACCAUGUAAGCCAAACCCGUGCGGUCCCAAUUCGCAAUGCCAACCACGCGGAGAUGAAUCUGUAUGCACGUGUUUGCCUGAUUUCAUUGGCAGUCCGCCAAAUUGCAGAGCAGAGUGCGUUAGUAACAGCGAAUGUUCUAAUCAUUUAGCUUGUAUUAAUAAAAAAUGUCGGGAUCCAUGCAUUGGUUCCUGCGGUGCGAAUGCUAAUUGUCACGUUGUCAGUCACACCCCGAUGUGUUCUUGUAUAAAUGAUUAUACCGGUGAUCCAUUUACUCAAUGCACCUUAAGAGAACCCACACCAUUACCGCCUGCACCAAUUGAUCCUUGCAAUCCCUCCCCUUGUGGUUCUAAUGCUGUAUGCAAGGAAUUUAUCGGUGCCGGUUCGUGUACGUGCUUGCCGAAUUAUACCGGCAACCCGUAUGAAGGAUGCAGGCCGGAAUGUGUCUUAAAUUCGGAUUGCCCUGCCAACUCAGCUUGUGUAAAUAUGAAAUGUAGAGAUCCAUGCCCGGGAUCGUGCGGGCGCAAUGCGUUAUGCCAGGUUGUUAACCAUUUGCCAGUAUGCAAUUGUUAUCCUAGAUAUACCGGCGAUGCCUUUUCAUAUUGUACUCCGAUAGAAAUAGAAAAUGCUGUCGGUAAUCCUUGUGAACCAUCACCAUGUGGACCUAACAGCUUGUGUCGCGUUGUGGAUAAUACGAGCGUCUGUACUUGUUUACCUGAUUUCCAAUGGGUAGCUAGCCCACCAAAUUGUCGCGCUGAGUGUACUGUUAGUGCUGAAUGCGCUUUCAAUUUAGCAUGUAUCUCAUAUAAAUGUAACGACCCUUGUCGUACAUUGUGCGGUUCCAACGCAAGAUGUGAAACGAUUAAUCAUAAUCCCAUUUGCUCGUGUCCAUCUAGAUUUACCGGUGAUCCAUUCGUUGCCUGUUUUGAAAUGCCAUCUAAAGAUGAAGAAUCUCGUCCACUUGUGAACCCUUGCGCACAUUCACCUUGCGGACCUUAUUCAGAAUGCCGUGACAUUAGCGGUCAAGCAUCUUGUGCUUGUUUGUCAACAUAUGUAGGAACACCACCCAAUUGCAGACCCGAAUGUUCAGUUAAUCCAGAAUGCCCAACUAAUCAAGCGUGUAUACAGAGGAAGUGUCGAAAUCCUUGCGAUGGAGUUUGUGGAGUAGGAGCAAUUUGUAAUGUCAUUCGUCACACACCCACAUGUUCUUGUUCCAAUGGAUUCACUGGGGAUCCAUUUGUAAUGUGUAGAUCAAUUCCCGAAGAAGAUACAACACUCAAACCGACAGAUCCGUGCUUAAAUUGCGGCGCGAAUACGCAAUGCUUUAAUGGUAUAUGCAGUUGCCUUCCCGAAUAUCAAGGAAAUCCAAACUUUGGAUGCCAUCCAGAAUGUAUUCUAAAUUCAGACUGUCCAAGACAUCGGGCUUGCAUUAAGAACAAAUGUCAAGAUCCGUGUGGUCUUGGAAUUUGCGGUGUCAAUGCCUUGUGUUCUGUUAUAAAUCAUAUACCAGUUUGCACUUGUGCACAGAGGAUGUCUGGCAACGCGUUUGUACAGUGUUCCCCAAUAGCUGACACAAUACCAAAAGAUCCAUGUAAUCCAUCACCUUGUGGUCCGAAUAGUCAGUGUCGAAAGAUAAAGGAACAAGCUGUCUGUUCGUGUCUUCCUGGAUACUUGGAUGCACCACCUAAUUGCCGAGCGGAAUGUAUUAUUAGUUCCGACUGCCUCGCUAACAGGGCUUGCAAUAAUCAAAAAUGUAUAGAUCCCUGCCCUGGAACGUGCGGCAUCAGAGCCCAAUGUACUGUAGUUAACCACAAUCCGAUUUGUUCUUGUUCCUCUGAGUUAACCGGAGAUCCCUUCACUCAGUGUAUUCCAAGACCGAUAGAAUCUCCAACGCCCAUUAAUCCCUGCGUUCCAUCUCCGUGUGGACUUAAUAGUAAAUGCGAAGUUGUAAACAACGCAUACUCCUGCUCUUGCUUGCCAGAGUUUAUUGGCGAUCCACCAAAUUGUAGACCCGAAUGCGUUAGCAAUAGUGAAUGUUCUACACAGCUAGCAUGCAUCAAUCAGAAGUGUCGCGAUCCAUGUCCGGGCUCCUGCGGUAUUAAUUCUGAUUGCCGAGUAAUAAGUCACACACCUAUGUGUGUUUGUCUUAUCGGAUUUGAAGGAGAUCCGUUUGUACUAUGUAAUCCCAAGCAAAGCGACGUUAUAAAUGCUGUAAAACCAACACCCUGUAUCCCGUCACCGUGCGGUUUUAAUGCGGUGUGCCGCGAAUCGAAUGGUGUUGGUUCUUGCAUGUGUCUAUCAGAUUAUACAGGCAAUCCGUACGAAGGUUGUCGACCCGAGUGUACGAUAAACUCCGAUUGUACCGCAGAUCGAGCAUGCGUCGGAUCGAAGUGUCAGAAUCCUUGUCCAGGUUUUUGCGGAUAUAAUGCGAUUUGCCAAGUAGUGAAUCACGCGCCGUUGUGCACAUGUCAACCUGGAUACAGUGGCAAUCCGUUCGUCUCUUGUAACAGAAUUGUACAAGACACGUCAUUAGAACUUAAUCCAUGCAGUCCUUCUCCUUGUGGACUUAAUAGUCAGUGUCGUGAAUUAAAUGGUCAAGCGGUAUGCUCCUGCUUACCCACAUUUAUCGGAACCCCACCGAACUGUCGUGCGGAGUGUACUGUCAGUUCCGAUUGCCCCGUAAAUCGCGCUUGCAAAAAUCGUAAAUGCGUUGAUCCAUGUCCUGGAAUUUGUGGCAUCAAUGCAAGAUGUGAAGUGAUUAAUCAUAGUCCGAUUUGCAGUUGUAAUCAAGGUUUUACCGGUGAUCCCUUUAUAACAUGUUUCCAAACGCUUAUAGACAAAGAUACUCCUCAAACGCCAGAAAAUCCAUGCGUUCCAUCCCCCUGUGGUCCCUUUGCCACUUGUCGCGAUAGCGGCUACGCGGGCGUGCCAACGUGCACGUGUAUGGAAAAUUACAUUGGUAGCCCUCCGAAUUGUCGACCAGAAUGUACCGUUGAUUCUGAAUGCAACAAUAAUCAAGCCUGCUUGAGACAAAAAUGCAGAGACCCAUGCCUUGGCUCGUGUGGUAUCAGUGCCCAAUGCCUCGUGGUUAAUCACAUGGCCAUCUGUCUCUGCCCGAAAGGUUACACCGGGGAUGCAUUUACUAAUUGCUUUCCAGAACCUGCUCCUGCUUCUAUACCACAAGAUCCUUGUAAUCCGUCCCCAUGCGGAGCUAACACUGUAUGUCGCGACGGCGUUUGCACCUGUAUGCCCGAGUUCCAUGGUGAUCCUUAUACCGCAUGUCGACCCGAAUGUGUACAAAAUCCGGAUUGUCCUUUAGACAAAGCUUGCGUUCGUAAUAAGUGUUUUGAUCCGUGCAUUGGAGUGUGCGGGCAAAACGCAAAGUGCACAGUGAUAAAUCAUACCCCAAUGUGUGCCUGCCCAGAUGGAAUGUCCGGCAAUGCGUUUGCUGCGUGUUAUCCGGUCAUUCAAGAUCAAACCGUUAUUGAGAAUCCAUGUAACCCAUCGCCUUGCGGUCCAAAUAGUAGAUGUCAGAAUUUUAAUAAUCAAGCAGUAUGUACGUGUAUAACUGGAUUCAUAGGAAAUCCGCCAGCCUGCCGACCCGAGUGCAUAGUUAAUACUGAUUGUGUACUGAACGAAGCUUGCAUCAACAUGAAAUGCGGCAAUCCUUGCCUUGGUGCGUGUGGUAUAUCCGCUCGUUGCCAAGUGUUGAAUCAUAAUCCAGUUUGCACCUGUCCUCCUGUAUUUACUGGCGAUCCAUUCAUACGUUGUGUACCAAGACCGGAAGAUAUUCCAAAACCGAUAAACCCGUGCCAACCAUCGCCUUGCGGUCCUAAUUCUCAGUGCCAAAUCAUCAAUGAUACGCCAUCGUGUUCUUGCACGAUAGAGUUCAUUGGGACACCACCAAACUGUAGACCGGAGUGCAUUAGUAACAGUGAAUGUCCGAGUCAAAUGGCAUGUAUUAAUCGAAAAUGUAGAGACCCAUGUCCUGGAUCUUGUCACUCUCUGGCUAAUUGCUACGUCAUUAAUCAUGUGCCUACUUGCACGUGUCACGUCGGUUACACAGGCGAUCCAUUUGUUCAAUGCAUGAUCAUGCCCAGCGAACUACCAGCACCAAGACAACCUUGUCAACCAUCCCCUUGUGGAACAAAUGCCGUAUGUAGAGAACAAAACGGUGUCGGUUCUUGUACAUGUUUGCUUGAAUAUAUUGGGAAUCCCUAUGAAGGAUGUCGUCCCGAAUGUACUAUUUCGUCAGAUUGCCCCGCACAUUUAGCUUGCAUUGGAUCAAAAUGUCAGAAUCCAUGUCCUGGUUCGUGUGGUACCAAUACCAAUUGUCAAGUUAUCAACAAUAUUCCCAUUUGCACUUGUAUCCCUGGUUAUACUGGCAAUCCAUAUAUAAACUGUAUUCAUCAGACUCUGAGCAGUAAGNCAUGCAAGCCUUCUCCUUGUGGCCCCAACAGUCAAUGUACCAAUAAUAAUGGUCAAGCUGUCUGUUCCUGUUUGCCUCAGUUUAUUGGAACUCCGCCAAAUUGUAGACCGGAAUGUUUAGUAAAUUCAGAAUGUGGUUCGAAUCGAGCGUGUGUUAAUCAAAAAUGUGUAGAUCCAUGCAUCGGCACUUGUGGUCGCGAUGCUCAAUGCAAAGUCGUAUAUCAUAGUCCUAUUUGUGUCUGCGCAAAUGGCUAUACAGGCGAUCCUUUCAUCUAUUGCUUCGCGGUGGCAAUUUCGAAACCAGAAGACCAAUAUCUAAAGGACCCAUGCUUACCCUCACCUUGUGGCCCCAAUGCCUUAUGCAGAGCCAUUGGUGAUGCACCAGCGUGCAGUUGCAUGCAAAAUUACAUGGGUGUUCCACCUAAUUGCCGACCCGAAUGUUCAAUAAAUUCGGAUUGUCCCGCUAAUAGAGCUUGUAUCAGAGAAAAAUGUAGAGAUCCUUGUCCAGGAUCAUGUGGCCUCUUAGCGCGUUGUUCUGUUAUUAAUCAUACACCAUCAUGCAUAUGUCCUGAAGGCUAUACUGGCGAUCCCUUCAUCAGUUGCAACGUUUUACCUCAGAUACCUCUACUUCCCCCAGACCGAUGCAAUCCAUCACCGUGCGGUCAGAACGCACAAUGUAACAACGGAGUUUGCACAUGCAUACCCGAAUACUUAGGAGAUCCUUAUGUCGGUUGUCGGCCAGAAUGUGUGAUUAAUACUGAUUGUCCUCGUGAUAAAACAUGCAUAUUCCACAAAUGUCGCGAUCCAUGCAUUGGGACAUGCGGCGUUAACGCGGAUUGUAUUGUUGUUAAUCAUUUGCCCAUGUGUAGUUGCCCAAGAAAUAUGACUGGUAGCGCAUUCGUAUCCUGUACACCGCUUCAAGAUUCAACUAUCAUGAAACAACCGUGCAAUCCGUCCCCAUGUGGUCCAAACAGCCAUUGUCGUGUGUCAAAUAAUCAAGCCAUUUGCGCGUGCAUUGCCGGCUUUAGAGGCACUCCACCGUCCUGUAGACCAGAAUGUCUUAUAAGUGCCGACUGUGCUCGCAACAGAGCCUGCAGCAAUCAAAAAUGCAUCGAUCCGUGCCUCGGUGCAUGUGGAUUAACCGCACAAUGUACUGUCGUGAAUCACAAUCCUAUAUGCAGUUGCCCGCCUUUGUACACAGGAGAUCCAUUUGUUCAAUGUAUUCGUCAACCGGAAGAACCACAACCACCCAUAGAUCCCUGUCAACCUUCACCUUGCGGUCCGAAUGCAAUAUGUCGAAUCCUCAAUGACGCUCCAUCAUGCUCUUGCUUGCCCCAAUUUAUCGGCACUCCGCCUAGAUGUAGACCGGAGUGUGUUAGUAACAGUGAAUGUCCUAGUCAACAAGCUUGCAUUAACCAGAAAUGUCGUGAUCCUUGUCCGGGAUCGUGUGGUAGAAAUGCUGAAUGUAGAACUGUCAGUCACACCCCGAUAUGUAUUUGCGCCGGUGACUUUACCGGUGAUCCAUUUAUCCAGUGCAAUCCUCGACCAAUUCCAUUAAAUCCGUGCCAGCCGUCACCGUGUGGCGCAAAUGCUAUGUGCCGUGAAAUUUCUGGCUCGGCUUCCUGUACUUGUUUGCCCGAUUUCUACGGAAAUCCGUACGAAGGUUGUAGACCCGAGUGUGUAAUCAAUUCUGAUUGUACAUCCAAUCGAGCUUGCAUAAGAAACAGGUGUCAGAACCCUUGCCCAGGAACAUGCGGUGUCAAUGCAAUUUGCGAAAUCGUCAACCAUAUACCGAUGUGCAGCUGCCAAUUGAGAUAUACCGGAGACCCAUUCAGAUACUGCGAACUCAUGCAGGAAACUCCUCCUAUAGGCGAUCCUUGUCAAGUGUCACCGUGCGGUCCGAAUAGUCGAUGUCUCAAUGUAAACGGAAAAGCCAGUUGUUCGUGCCUGCCCACUUAUCAAGGAAUUCCCCCAGAUUGCAGACCUGAAUGUAUGGUUAGCACAGAAUGCCCUAUAAAUCGCGCAUGUGUCAAUCAGAAAUGCGUCGAUCCAUGCCCAGGUGUAUGUGGUAUUAACGCUAAGUGUGAUGCCCUGUCCCACAGUCCAUUCUGCAGUUGCGGACCCAGUCAAAUUGGAGAUCCCUUCGUCAAGUGUUUCGACAUGCCCUUGAUGCCUGUACCAACACUACAAGUAAACCCUUGCGUCCCAUCGCCUUGUGGGCCAUUCUCCACGUGUCAGGACAAGGGAGGCUAUCCAUUUUGCACGUGUAUGCCUAAUUACAUUGGAUCGCCACCUUACUGCCGUACCGAAUGUUCAAUUAAUUCUGAUUGCACCAGUAAUAAAGCUUGCAUUAGAGAAAAAUGCAGAGAUCCCUGUCCUGGAUCCUGUGGUUUUAAUGCCUUGUGCACUGUAAUCAAGCAUACCCCGACUUGCACAUGUCUCAAUGGAUACACAGGCGACCCCUUCAGCAACUGUUACCUGGCGCCCAUGCCGAUUCCGACAGAAAUUCCUACAGUAACAUCAGACCCAUGUAAUCCGUCGCCAUGCGGAUUGAAUGCCGAUUGCCGUAAUGGAAUUUGCAAUUGUAUACCUGAAUAUCAUGGUGAUCCAUAUCGAGAAUGUCGGCCGGAGUGCGUGCAGAAUUCUGAUUGUCCAUUCAAUAGAGCUUGCGCGAAUAAUAAGUGCGUGGAUCCCUGCGUCGGAAUUUGCGGCCAGAAUGCGGAAUGCGCGGUUAUCAAUCAUGUAUCCACUUGUAGCUGUGUCAAGGAUUAUGAAGGCGAUCCAUUCACUCUCUGUAAACGUGUGCAAUCACGCGUCAAACCCUGCGAGCCCUCCCCUUGCGGACCUAACAGCAUUUGUCGUGAAUUCGGAGAUCAAGCCUCAUGUUCUUGCCUAUCUGGUUACUUCGGUAUCCCGCCAAGCUGUAGACCCGAAUGUCUCAUUAGCACCGAUUGCGAGCAGAGCAAGGCUUGCGUGAACAUGAGAUGUCGCAACCCUUGUGAAAACGCUUGUGGCCAGAACGCGCUAUGUGUUGUGCGAAAUCAUAAUCCAAUUUGCAGAUGCUCUGUUCAGCAUUCCGGUGACCCGUUUAUCAACUGUUUCCCCAUAACAACACCGGACGUAGAACCCACCAGGGAUCCGUGUUACCCCUCACCAUGUGGAUUGAACUCGCAGUGCGCGGUAUCCGCCGAUAAUAUACCCUCCUGCUCCUGUUCGCCCACCUUUAUAGGAUCUCCACCCAAUUGUAGACCCGAAUGCCAUGUAAACAGCGAAUGUCCCACCAAUCAAGCAUGCAUUAAGCAGAAGUGUACCGAUCCGUGUGUUGGAUUAUGCGGAUUCAAUGCACUGUGCCAAGUUACUUUGCACCAAGCCCGAUGCACUUGUCCCGAAUCAUACACUGGAGACCCAUUCACAGUUUGCUCUGAGAUAAUAUCCAUUCCAACACCACCGGUACCAUCUAAACCGUGCAGUCCAUCACCGUGUGGAAUAAAUGCGUACUGCCACGAGAGAUUUGACACAGCCAUUUGCGAGUGCGUACCGAACUAUAGAGGGAAUCCGUAUCAAGGCUGUCAACCCGAGUGCCUCGUAAAUACUGAUUGUUCAAAAUCGCAAGCAUGUAUAAAAACGAAAUGUCAAGAUCCUUGUCCUGGUACUUGCGGCGUUGGUGCAACCUGUACCGUAUCCAAUCACGUCCCUAUUUGUUCUUGCCCACUGCCAACAAUCGGAGAUGCUUUCACGCUCUGUCAAGUCCCUGUGGAAGAUACUAAGGAAAUGGAUCCGUGUUAUCCAUCACCGUGCGGUCCAAAUACUAUGUGCGAGAAAAUUGGUAAUACAGCAAUUUGCAAAUGUUUGCCUGGACUGCAAGGCGUUCCAACGAGUAUAACUGGUUGUCAUCCGGAGUGCGUCCUCAGCUCGGAUUGUCCGGGUGAUAAAGCUUGCAUACAGAGUAAAUGCAAAGAUCCCUGUUCUCAGAAUGUGUGCGGUAGCAAGGCAGUGUGCAAGACGAUCAAUCAUAGUCCACUUUGCAGUUGUCCAUCUCCGUUGAUCGGCAAUCCUUUUGAGGAAUGUUAUACAAAGAUCGAAACUAAUCCUUGCAGUCCAUCGCCUUGUAAUUACAACGGCGAGUGCAGAGUGAGAAAUGGUGUCGCUGUUUGUAUUUAUCCUGAAUGCGUUAUUAAUUCAGACUGUCCGCGUGAUAAAGCCUGCUUUUCGCAGAAAUGCAAAGAUCCCUGCAUUGGUGCGUGUGGUAUCAAUUCUAUCUGUCAAACCGUUAAUCACAAACCAAUCUGUUCCUGUCCAAUUGGAUUCAUGGGUAAUGCGCGAGUGCAGUGCACAAUUCCAGCCCUUGAAGAACCAAUUCCAGAAUGCACACAAAAUUCCGAGUGCUCAAAUGACAAAACCUGCUUCAAUCAAAAAUGCGUUGAUCCGUGUACUCUUGAUUCUUGUGGUCUUAAUAGUCGCUGCCAUGUGCAAAUGCACAGAGCUAUAUGUAUCUGCAAUGAUGGUUAUACUGGAUAUCCUCAACAAUAUUGCCAUCAACUCGGUUGUCGUAGCGAUAGCGAAUGCUCAUUAAUUCAAUCUUGCAUUAACAACGAAUGUGUUGAUACUUGCCUGGUUACACAGUGCGGCAUUAAUGCAAUGUGUACUGCUGAUGGAUAUCAUAAAACUCGAUGCUAUUGUCCUGAUGGAUAUACGGGUAAUCCUUACGAAAUAUGCGAAAGACCUGAGUGCACUAGCGACAAUGAUUGCGCUCCAUCUUUGGUCUGCCGCAACUUAAGAUGUGUCAAUCCUUGCAACUGUCCACCACCAGCAUUGUGCAAUGUUGUUAAUCAUCGGCCAAUAUGUAAAUGUCCACCUGGUUACGUGGGUAAUCCUUACAUUUCGUGUCUCAUGGAUCUGUUAGAACCAGAGACCGAAUGUCAAGUCGAUGCCGACUGUCCUAGCAAAUUGGCAUGUUUCAAUGGUAUUUGCAAAGAUCCAUGUACAGAAACGAAACCAUGCAUUGUUAGUGCUAAAUGUAGCGUUGUAGAUACUUUACCGAUGAGAACAAUGAUUUGCGAAUGUCUGCCAAAUUUUGCUGGCGAUGCCACCGUUGCUUGCGUGCCAGUGGACAAACAAAUUGCUGCGGUAUGCGAGAGUGAUUCACAAUGUACACCGGACAUGGCCUGUCUAAACCGUCGAUGCAUCAAUCCAUGCACCGUUAAUCCAUGCUCACCAAAUGCGGAAUGUCAUAUUGAAAAUCAUCGCCGUACGUGUCAGUGUCCCCACGGAUACGUCGGUGAUCCAUUCAUAAAUUGCUAUGAAGAAAAUAUAGUUCUUGCGGAAUGCAGAAUAAACACUGAGUGUCCAUCUGACAAAGCGUGUAUAAAUCAAUUGUGCCAAGAUCCAUGCUCCAGCAAUCGUUGUGGUCUAAAUGCGGAAUGCAUCACGAUUAAUCAUCAUCCUUCUUGUCACUGCCAACAUGGUUUAGCCGGUGAUCCACAAGCUCAAUGUUUCAGACCGGAAUGUAAAACAGACAAUGACUGUCCUUAUGAUAAAACCUGCCGCAACGAUAAUUGCAUCUCUCCAUGUUUCAUUGGUGAUGUUGUGUGCGGUCGGAGUGCAGAAUGCAGAGCGGUAUCUCAUAGAGCUCAAUGUAUCUGUCCGCAAGGUACUCAAGGUGACCCACGUGUGGCAUGUAUUUCUGCGAUCUGCCAUUACAAUGAAGAUUGCGCUGAUCAUGAAGCCUGUGACAGACUGAAUAGAGUUUGCAGACCGGUUUGCGACGACGAUGCGUGUGGCGAAACCGCAAUUUGUGUCGCGCGCGAUCAUCAGCCGAAGUGCACAUGUCCUCUAGGUACUACCGGAAAUCCCUAUGUAACAUGCAUUGGUGAACCUUCUAUUGAGCCGGAAUGCACGCAGGAUAAUGAAUGCACAUUGAAUCUCGCUUGUAUUAAUACUAAAUGUCAAGAUCCAUGUAUAUCCGCUGGUAUGUGCACCAGUGAACAGGAGUGUAAAGUCUUGAACACGGAACCACUUCGUACGAUGAUCUGUUUGUGUCCAUCGAACACGAUCACUGAUGUUAAUGGCCAGUGCAAACAGAUUGUGUUGGGCGACGUACAAUGUCAUUUAGAUCAAGAUUGCGCCAACUACGAGACGUGUUUGAAUGGAAAAUGCGUCGAUGCCUGUUUGACAACUCAGUGCGGUUUUAAUGCGCAAUGUAAAUCCACGUCUCACACGGGUAUCUGUUUCUGUUCUCAGGAUUUUACCGGCAACGCCUACAUAGAAUGCAUAAGAGGUAUANUUGUUCCAUUGCCAGGACCUCGACCAGAAUGUUAUACAAACAAUGAAUGUGCGCGCGACAAGCAAUGCAUAAAUUCACUUUGCGUAAAUCCGUGUGUUGCUGGUGAUCCAUGCGGCAAGAACUCUCUGUGCCAUGUUGACAACCAUAAUCCGAUUUGCAAAUGCCCGAUUGGCUAUAUCGGCGAUCCUAAAACCAAGUGUAUACCACCGGAGAUCACGCCUGAAUGCGUAUCAAACAGCGAGUGCGCAGGAAAUUAUGCGUGUGUCAACGGCAUGUGCAUUAAUCCUUGCAACUGUGGACCCAAUGCCAAAUGUAACGUCAUAAAUCAUUAUCCUUCUUGUGUAUGUCCUCCAGGCUAUUCUGGAAAUCCUCAAUUAGGAUGUUUUAAACUUGAUUGUGAAUCUGACAGCGAAUGUGACUACGCAGCUACCUGCUAUAAUGGCCAAUGCGUGAAUCCUUGCAUCUUGGACAAUAAAUGCGCUAUCAACGCGGAAUGCUACGGCAAGAAUCAUCGGUCGGCUUGUCGUUGCGGUCCGGGUUAUUAUGGCAAUCCGCAGAUUCAUUGUGAAAGAGUUGAGUGUAAUACCGAUCAUGAUUGUCCCCACAAUUUGGCUUGCAACGACGAUCGCUGUAUAAACCCAUGCGCCGAGAAUUCACUUUGCGCGCAGAAUGCGGUUUGUUACGUUCAAGAUCACAUUGCAUCCUGCCGUUGCCCCGAAAACAUUCCGCUGGGAAAUCCAUUCUCUUAUUGCGAGCGGCAUACCGCAGUGGAAAUAGAGGAGCCUGAAUGCAAAGUCGAUAUCGAUUGUUUAGACAAGUUGGUGUGCAUUCGGGAGAAAUGCAUCGAUCCUUGCCCGGUCAUCAAACCAUGUCUCGAAAAUGCUCGUUGUGAUGUUCUCGAUACGGUACCCGUAAGGACCAUGAUUUGCACCUGUCCUGAGGGUUGGAUCACCGAUAUCGACGGUGUUUGCAGGCCAAUACAAUUGACGGUCAUUGGAACGUGUACGACGAACGACGAUUGCAGUGAUCGUGAGACGUGUAUUAACAGGCAAUGUCGCAACCCCUGCAACUGCGGUACUAAUGCGGCUUGCUACGUAAAGAAUCAUAAACCAAUCUGCUCGUGUGAGCAGGGCUAUCAAGGCAAUCCCGAGAUCGCCUGUUAUUCCGUCGAGUGCCAGCACGACAGUCAGUGCACGCUCGAUAAGACCUGCAAGAAUAAUAACUGUGUGAACCCAUGCCUGGUCACAGAUCUAUGCGGUACCAAUGCCGAGUGCUUCCCGAACAAUCACGUAGCCGACUGCCGUUGCCGUAAGGGCUAUCAUGGUAAUCCCUUGGAUCGCUGUCGCGUGAUCGGUUGCUACAGUAACGGCGACUGUCCAGGCGAUCACUCGUGCAUCAACAUGCAAUGUAUCGAUCCUUGCAUCCAUGACAAUCCCUGCUCGCCUCGCGCGGAAUGUAGAGUCCUAAAUCACUUGCCGAUAUGCCGCUGCCCAUCGGGCUUCACCGGAAAUCCGUACAUCAAUUGCCAACUAGAAGUCAGACCUGAAUGUAGAGAGGAUAGUGACUGUCCGGAUUCACUCGCUUGUUUGAGCAACAAAUGCCAGAUUCCAUGCCCGAUCAUACAACCAUGCACUGAGCCGUCUGAGUGUCGGGUUCUACCGACGCAUCCGAUACGCACCAUGGUAUGCGUAUGCCCUAGCGGAUACGUUAGCAGCGGCAGUGGUACUUGUCGAGCUACCAAACCGAUUCUCAAAAUCGAAUGUACCAAGGAUGAUGAUUGUUCUUUGGAACGCUCCUGCGUGAACGCGAUCUGUAAGGAUCCCUGCGCGUGCAGGCCUAACGCGGUUUGCAAUGUCAUCAAUCAUAAGCCGAUAUGCUCGUGUACGCUAGGAUAUGACGGAAACCCGGAUAUUCUUUGUACAAGAGUUGCAGGAUGCAAAACGGACAAUGAUUGCAGCGGUUCACACGUGUGUGUCCAACGCAAUUGUGUACCAGCGUGCUCGCCAUCCUUGGCCUCUUGCGGCAAGAACGCCGUAUGUCACGGCAUCCAUCAUAAGGCUAUCUGCGAGUGUCCACCAGGUUUUGGUGGCAAUCCGCGGGUCUCCUGCGUUCUGUUAGGAUGCAGGACUAAUUCCGAUUGUCCUACCAAUAAGGCUUGUAUUAACAAUCGCUGUGAAAAUCCCUGUAUACAGAAUCCAUGUACUGACAAUAUGGACUGCAAUGUUUAUAAUCACAUUGUGGAAUGUGCGUGUCCACCUGGCUACAUCGGCGACAUUAAGUCAGGCUGUACUAAAGUUAAGGAAAAGUGCAAAGCAGACAAUGAGUGUCCUUCCCAAACUGCAUGCUUCAACGGACAGUGCAUUAAUCCGUGUACUAAGAUCGCACCGUGCGGUAUUAACGCCGAAUGCAAAGUUCUGGAUACCAGCCCAAUCAGGACCAUGAUAUGCGAAUGUCUCCCAGGAUACCGUGGAAACGCGAUUAUCCGUUGUGAUCAAAUUCCAGCGGAAAUCUGCCCAAUUGGGAAAGGACAGAUUCGCGAUGAAUACGGCAAUUGCGUCUGCCCACCUGGAUUCGGUAAGGAUGCAAACGACGUCUGCAUACCUUGUCGCAAACAAUCUAAUAUGGUGAUAAACGAAGAAGGCUUCUGCGUGUGCGAUUUAGAAAAGGGCUUCAGUAUAGAUGAAUAUGGUCGUUGUGUUUGUCCGACGCGAUACGGAUACGAAAUAGAUACCAAAGGAUAUUGUAGACAAAUUGGUGUAAUCGAGUGCAGACAUAAUGACGACUGCGCCGACGACAGAUAUUGCGAUAAAGUCACUCAUACUUGCCAAGAUCCUUGCAAGAAGCAACAGUGUGGCGUGCACGCGCUUUGUAACACUACCAGACAUCAAGCUAUCUGUAUCUGCAUUAAUGGCUAUUUGGGCAACCCAUACACUCAAUGCUGUACAAAGGAUGGUCGAACAGAUUUCCCUAGACCGGAAAUGGAUGUAAGUUGCCUAUCAGAUGGAGUACAAGUCGUAAUACAUUUGCAAGAUCAAGACUUCGACGGGGUCUUGUACGUUAAAGGUCGUAGCAAAGAUGAACAAUGCAGACGAGUUGUCUCGAUACCGGCCGAAACUGAUCAUAAAACCGAAACGUUCAAAGUUGCAUUUGGCAAUUGCGGACUCAUACAUGUGAAUGGACAAGCUAGCUUUGUGCUCGUUAUACAGAAACAUCCGAAAUUGAUGACUUACAAGGCACAAGCUUAUCAUAUUAAAUGUAUAUACCAAACUGGAGAACAAAAUGUUACCCUUGGUUUUAACGUCUCCAUGUUGACGACUGCCGGAACAAUCGCUAACACUGGUCCACCUCCUAUAUGCGUAAUGAAAAUAGUUGCACAAAAUGGAAAUGAAAUUAACUCUGCCGAAAUUGGAGAUAAUCUAAUGCUUCAAGUGGAAGUUCAACCUUCAACUAUUUAUGGUGGAUUUGCGCGAAAUUGUGUCGCUAAAACGAUGGAAGAUAAUUUAGAGAACGAGUACAUCGUAACGGAUGAAAAUGGUUGUGCGACAGAUCCCACCAUAUUCGGAGAAUGGGAGCAAAAUCCUGAUACUCAAUCAUUAAUGGCUAGUUUUAAUGCGUUCAAAUUCCCUAGCAGUGACAAUAUAAGAUUUCAGUGCAAUAUACGCGUAUGCUUCGGACGCUGUCAACCUGUAAACUGUCGCGGUUAUAAUGCCUUUGGCCGUCGUCGUAGAGACGUUGAUUCCGAGAUUAACGAUACAUCUCUAAGUGUAUCCGAUGGAUAUGAAGGUCAACUUCGUGAAGAGAUAACUAUUCAAUCGAACUUAAUAUUCACUCUGGAAAGGAGAGAGGAGAGGUAUACAGCAGAUCCAGCUGAAGCUCCUUCAGCACAAAGAGUGGAAGAUAUCUGUGUUUCUAUGGUCGGCUUUAUCAUAGCAUUAAUAAUUACGGCACUUUUGGCAUUGGUUGCCGUAGCUAUUGCUGUGUCAUGCUGGCUUAUGGCGUAUCGACGUCAGCCAAAGACUGCUGGACCACUGCCACACCCACCAGAGUUCCCAAACCCCUUGUUCACUACUGAAUCUGUAGCUGAACCUUCUCCUGACUAUCACCUAUCAUAAGUUCGUUAGAAUAAUAUUUUAUAAAUAACGUACAUUUUUUAUAAUUCUCGUGGAAUGCAUUUCAGACCAUUCGUCCUAUUGGUCGGUUUUGUAUUUCGGUGUACAACUCCUCCAGUGACUAUCACUUCUCUUUGUACUCUCUUUUCAAGGGUUCAAACAAUAAGUCACUGUUAUACGUUAUGAGUCAUGAUAUAUACAUACUAUUUAUGGUGAUGGGUUCGCUUCCAUUAUCUACUUGCGAGUAAAAACACGGGACUAUCUUUUCUUCGUGUAUCUUUCUUGUAUUAUUUUCUCUAGUCAGUGGAGGAUUUGUUAAAUAUAAUGCUGCGAAUUUUUAAUU